GUUAUUAUUAAUUUAGAUUUAUAGGAAGGACGCUUCAUUCAUAGCACUUAAUGGAUAAAUGUAUAGUCUUAGCAGCUGACGUGUGGUAGUCUAUGGAGGUUAAUGCAGUCCCAGGAUUUUGCUGGUUAGUCAUCAGACUAAUAUUUAUUUUAACCCUGAGUCCUCCCACUUUUGCCUCAUGGAGACACAACUGAUAGGCAGCUAUAUUGAGAAAGAGGAAGCUGUACAGUAGCCUGAGGCAGUGUGUGAGAAGAGGGUGUCUUCUGCCUGCUCUGUGUUUGUGGAAAUCCGGAUUGGGGGGCGGUGUAAGGUAAGAUUUUACUGCUGCUGUGGAUAUAAGAAGUGUUUCAUGCCCCGGAUGGAGAUUCAUGCUGCCUCUAUCUAUUGGACUGCUGCUGGCUGCCAUUGGAGAGGGGGUGAGGAGAUAGCAGACAACCUGCGUAGGGCUUUAAUUCAGUAGAAAUACACUGAUUGCUUUGCACCCCACUUAUCUAUGUGUUUUGGUUUAUAAGGCAGCAUCCUGAUCAGCACUGAUGGUUACCUUUAAGUUCUGUUCAGUACAGAUCUGUAGAACAAUUAUACGAGGUUGCAAAAAAGUAAUUAUCCUACAUUUUAUUUCUGGUGAGUUCACGUUUUCAUUUUAAAUUAUUGUCAUUGGGGCAAAGUUCUUAAAGUGGAUCAGUCAGUAGGAGCAUGGGGUUUUAAUGUAGCAUUCUUGGUGAUACAUAGUAUAUUAUAGUAUAUAUCUGUUUCCAUGGUGACUGCUCCACCGUUAGUACUUUUCCCCACACGUAUCCCUUAUUGAUAAUACUUUUUGUUCUAAAUCCGUUGCAAACUAUAAGAUAUGUGUAGAAUGUUUGUGCCUUGCCGUUGGUGACCGUUUGUGGUUGCUUAGGUUUGACAGUCAUUUUAUAAACAAUGAUGUAAAGUAUCAAAUGACCUUUGUACCUUCAUACAACACCUUUUAGGGUACACCAGAGCAGCCAGGAAGGGCAGUGUUUGUUUUAAGUCAGUCAAAUACGAGCACAGUUUGGCAAUCUGGGAAUGUGUUUUUAAAAUAUAUUUUUUGUUUCUGUUCCAUUCUGGCCAAUUUUAAAAACAUGUAUUUUCUUGUAUAUUCUAUCUAAUAAUCAUCACUGACAAACUUAUAAAAGCAAGCAAUGUGUGUUGGAACAAUGUCAGUUUGGAGAGUGGAGUUACAGCUGGGAAAAUUCUAGAAAACUACUUUUGGAUGACAGGAAAAAGCUAACUGACCCCUUUUCUCAGUCACUGGUAGUUUUUAAUUGGUUUCUCACAUACAUAUUGCAUUGUGUUCAUAAGUAUUGUAUUCAUAAGGUGUGUACAAAUGUAGUAAAAUCCCACAUUUUGUUUUCAGCUAUGUCAGUUAUAUUUAGCUGUAAUUCCAUAGUAUUCACCUUAUGACUCCUUACAUGACUCCAUAAAUCUAUUCCAUAAUGUGUACCAAAUGUUAAUAGUUUGCUCUCAUUUGGAUUCUACUUAAUCCUGACAAUAAAAUGCUUCCUACAGUUUAGUAAUGCUACAUAAUGUUUAAGGGGUUUAAAAUACUUUUAUAAAACAACACAGCUCUAAGGAUUCAAUCAUCAAAUGUGAUCUGGAGUUUGAGUGCCAAGUAGUGCUGUACGCUAAUUGCUUUUGUCCUUCUCUAGUUAUUCUGUUUGUGCCGUGAUACCAUCAGAUUAAGGUCCCUAAAUGUGUCAAAAUAUUUUAAAAGUGGUUUCAUGAAAACUGGGGUUUUCCCACCGCCUAAGCCGCUGCUUUUGCUUGCCGUUUUCAGAACUUGACUUCUACAUAAGCACAUCCAACCUUAUAGGUCAAUGGCAGGCUGAGAGUGCUGGGCUUCUACAAAACAGUUGGACACAAACUGAGAAUGCAUUGCACUACACUAACAAUGGUGAAAUUUAGGGCACCAGUUUUAAAGAAAGAUACUGCAGAACUAGAAAAAGUGCUGUCAGGCUACGAAAUUAAUAAGGGAAUGGAAAAUAUUAGGUCAUGAAGAAACACUAGAAAAUCUACAUUUGUUUUCUUCAGAAAAAAAGACCUCUCAUAGGGAAUGUGAUAGCACUGUACAAAUAUACACUGGGUCAGUACAGACAGGAAUACAGAACAGACAAGAGGCCACGCAUUGAGACUGGAAGAAAGGUGUUUUCGAUUACGGCAGAGGAAGGGAUUCUCUGAUUUUGUUCUCUGAUGUCCCAAAUCUAGGGUUUGCAGGGAACUAAUCUCAAUCAGCGUAGUGCGCUGCCCUUAUCUGCCCUGUCCACCUCCAGCAUCAGCGUAUAUGAGGGCGCCUAAGGAGAGAUACUACGUUGGAAAUUUACAGCAGCUGUUGACAAGGACACUCCGAGCACCAUAACCACAGUCAGGCUUAGUUCAGUGCUGGGGCUUAUGUCUGAAGAGGACACCAGGUAAAUUGUCAAAUCAAUUUUAAAUGGAUUGACUGCUUACACUGGGAGUGCGCCAGGGCACUCUUGGCACCAUAACCACUAGUUUCUUUUAAGCAAAAUAUAAAAUAUUUCUGUAAUUACCUCAAAACAUGUACAAAAUUAUCUUAUGUUUUACUUUGGUUUUAGGAGGUUCUUGUCUGUUCUAUUAGAAAUGUAAUAUUACACUCCGUACCAAUUCCACGUAUCUCCAUUGUAAAAAAUAGACGUGUUGUAUAAUUGAACUCUGGCAAUGGUUUACUAGUUCAUUUUGGUAUUACAAGAAGGUGUGGUGUUUUCAGUAGUUACACAUGAUUAGGAUUUGAAUGGUGUGUUUACAGAAGAUGUUUGAAUUGAUAACUGGCAUAAUUAUGACCUAAUAAACCCGUCCAAUAUACCUAGAUUGGAUAACUGUUUUUUUAAUAGUGGAAAAGCCUAUCUAUAGCCUGUUGUUGUUGGACUGCAACAUAUAUCACUCUCAGCAAAUAUGGCAUUUGUUGUACAUCUUUAUUGAAUCAAAUUGCAAUUGUUUAAACAGUUUGAAUUGCAAAUGCCAUCACCCUGCAGAUCUCCUUUGGUAAUAGCAUGAGUUAUAGUUUUUAAAAGGUCACUGGCAGUAAAUGAUUGUUAAAAUUAAAUGUGUUCCUUACGGUGGUUAUUUUUAGGUCAGGCUUCAUAGGUGACGUCACCCUGAUGAAGUGAUGAGGGAACUUUACCACACAGGUUGCUUUUGCCAGGAACCUGCUAAACACCCUCCCCAUCGGAAUCACUCUGCAUGCAAAGUUAAGGCGGCCAAUGAGAGAUUGUAGGGUAGCAGCAUAACCUUCUUUGCCUUUCGAACCUCCUCCACAGUCUGAAGGAGCGCCAGGAGUUUAUCCUGCGGCAACCUACAUUUGCCCUUAUGCGAAUCAAUCUCUAAACCUAAAAAACUAAGGCAAGUGGCUGGUUCUACUGUUUUUUUCUUCCGCCAGUGGGACACCAAACAGCCUGGUUAACCAUUCCAAUGUUCGCAGCAACAGAUGGCAAGCGUCGGAACCUGCGGGGUUGAUACAAAGAAAGUCCUCCAAAUAAUGUACAACAAACCUGUUAGCAGGAGCCUCCUCCCUAACCACCAAUUCAAGAAAUGUACUGAAUUUCUCAAAAUAUGUACAUGAGAUGAAGCAUCUCAUUGGCAAGCAUAAGUCAAUUAAAUAUUGGCCAUCUAAAAAAAACAGCCUAAGAGAUGGUGGCACUCUGGAUGAAUCGGCAAUAACCUAAAGGCAGAUUCCACAUCAGCCUUUGCCAUAAGUGCCUUGUUUCCUGCUUUCUGAACCAAGUCGACGGCGUGGUUGAACGAGGCAUAGGUUACUGAGCAUAGAUUCCCAUUGAUGUCAUCAUUAACUGAUGAACUUUUGGGGUAUGACAGACGGUGAAUCAGCCGGGAAUUACUGGCCUCCUUUUUAGGAACAACACCUAACUGCGAAAUCCUAAGAUCAGGGAUGGGGGGGGACGGUAAAUAGCCCCACCAUCCUGUCUAACUGAACCUCCUUGUCCAAUUUUUGGCAACUAUGUUUGGGUAUUCUGCGACCGAUUUUUAAGUUGUGGAAACGACGCACAACCUCCCUAUUUUAAAAUGGAAUGAAAAAACGUUGUAAAACCAUCACCAAAUAGUAUAGCGUCUUUCUGGUUAGCGUAACGGUUUAGCCAAAGUAACAUCACGCUUACCUCCAUGGAAGCGGAUGCAACUGUGUGCACUGAUGUGUUUCCGGUGGGGAAAGGCUUUCCUCGCUUGAAACAUCUGUUGUAACCAUGUGUUCCUCCGCAACCAGUGCAUUCAUGCUUGAACUUACAUGUGGCUCCCCACUUACAAUGGCCUUCAUUAAAGAGCCAGCAAAAUCCUGUUUUAUGGGAGGCAAAUGAGGUGUUGGAUAUAACCCCGCCGGCCCCUGCAUGAAAGGGGCGACGGCUUCUGGUCCAUCAUCAGUUUUAUGCAAAGAGGCAUAUGCAUCUGGUCCCACCGCAUACCUGGAUUUGAUGAUAAACACUGCCUAAAUUGCUCAUCAUAUUUCCACCAAGCUGACCCACCAUAGGUACGAUAUGCUUCCCAAAUUCCAUCCAUGUAACAGAAUAACUGUGUGAACUUCUCAGGGUUGUUUUUCCCCCUAUGAUGCCGGCAAGUAUGCCAAAAGCUUGAAGCCAAUUACUGAAAGACUUCGGUAUCUUCUGAUACCUUUGUCUCUUCUCUUCCUUUUUGGAGUCCUUUUUAUCUUCGUCUCUUAUAUCUAUAUACUUGUCUAGUGGGAGAAGCAAAAAUUUCUCAACAUCUUCCUCUCACCAAAUCUUCUCUCUUAUAUGGGGCUUAAUAUGACAACCCACUGGGCCUGCAAAUGAAACAUGUGCAUUCUUCCUAGCUGUAUCUGGAACACAGCCUGUCAAUUCCAUCCGCAUCUUAAUUCUGCAUACUGCAGGACAGUGGUUUUUAAAAGCUGUGCACCAAUCUGUUUAAUUCAUAAGCAUCUAGAGCAGAGGUUCUUAACCCAGUCCUCACGCACCCCUGAACUGUCCAGAAUUUAGGGAUUACCCUGCUGUGUCUAAUGUGUUUUUAGGGGGAGGAACAAACACUUUAGUCACAACAGGGUAAUCCCUAAAUCCUGGACUGGUAAGGGGUCCUUGAGGACUGGGUUAAGAACCCCUGCUCUAGAUGCUUAUAAGUUAAACAAAUUGGUGCACAACUUUUAAAAACCAUUGUCCUGCAGUAUGCAGAAUUAAGAUGCUAUAACAUACAGUGUGUAAUACCAGGCUCUAAAGAUGAAGUGCAGCUAGUGCUACUGUGGAAUGAAUCAUAAACCCUUCCGAUCUUAAGAUAAGUACAAAAAAUAGGUAGUGGACAGCACAAACAUUACAUAAUCUAUAUUAAAAAAAUCGAUGCAUAUAAAAGCCCACUAUGUGAGGUAUAUACAAUUGUGUAUCAGACACCACUUAUAUAAAUGUGCUGAGUGGUAAAGAAAUAUAAAAGAACUAUACCAUAAACAGGUUUCAAUGUGCCACAGCAUUAGGAAGAGAAACAAUCUGUCAUAGGGCAACCCAAUAAUGAACCAUAAUAAAAUAGAUCUAAUAAGUAUCACACUCACAUUUCCUUGAGCCUGUUAAUAGUAACUGGCUCAGGUAGUAUAGCCUUGGUGUGACACAAUCCUUUUACUGGAUAGGAUGAAUAUCUUGAUCUCCAAUAGUUACAUAAAACACAAGAAAGGCAAGCCCAGUUAAAAUAGCGCAAAAUAAAAUGUAUUAUAACACACAUAAAAACCUUACAUCAAGGUAACUGGAAUGCCACAGACCAACAUAUAUAGAAAAACACGUUUCAAUAUUCCAGUCAAUGAGCGAUGUUGUUUGAUUUUCGUGGUAAUUUUGUGUGUUUUUGGAGGUAGCAGUUGGAGCUCCACAUAAACAUGUCUUGUUAGGUGCUCAGCUCUUUCUUUUAUAAUAUUUACAUCCCCCCCAUAGAAGCACCUGUUUAAACUGCUUGGUUUUGGUUAUGCAUGGUAUUUAAACAAUAUUAGGUUUACAGGUAUUUAUGUAUGAUUAUUCUUAUUCUCAGAGGGAACACAAUGGAGAAUAAAGAAAUAUUUCAUGAAAAUUAUAAUUCUGGACAGGAACAAGUGGCCACCUCGGAGAGUCAGCCAUCUGAUGUGAGCAGCACUGGGAACAUUGUUAAGGUAAAUGUCUAACUAAUUAUAAGCUGCAGUAAAGCAUUCACCAUGUUCAAUGAUUUUAAUAACCAGAAUAGUGUAACCCUACUAGGUGCUAGAUCUGCAACUUUUGCAAAGCAAGGUUUCCUGUGUCUCCAAAGAAAACAUGUUCUUUUAAUCUUUUUACCUUAAGCGGUGUGGGGAGGAAUGUCUGGUUGCUACACAAGGCAAGGUAAUCAGGAUAAAAGAAGCAACACGGCCCUCUAGCAAUCCUGCUUGCUGUCUAUUUUUAAAUAAAUCUUUCUUUGUUUUACUGCUUUUAAAUUUUAUUCAGUAAGGUGAGAAUUGUCUGGAAUUUACAGUGAAUUUCAAAUUUAAAGCCAAGGUAGCUGAACUAGAAACUUAAUUGACUUUUUCUUGUCCCUUGUAACUUACCUGAAGUGUGAUUUAUAUUCCUAAUCUUGUCUUCCUUAUCUUUAUUGAUGUUUCAUUAAUACUUAAAGGACCACUAUAGCCUGAUUUCCCAUAAAACAAAAAUCAGUGUCUAGUAGAUAUAACUUCAGUGAAUACAGGCAUGCCUUUUUAAUGCAUAUAUUUAUUGGGGUUAUAUCUUUAAAUGAGCAUGUCAAACUCAAAGGCUAACACUGGACAAAGAACAAGAUUUAAGUUUAUGUGAGUCGCAAAAAAAACAAAAACUUCAGUUUUCAUAGGAACAUAGGUUUAUAUAGAAAAGUACGGUAUAAAAUAAGUUGCCUAACUGACACUGGAUGUCCUCAUGCUCGCUUCAAAGUAAAGAAAAGAGCAAAUUUAUUUUAAGGAGACGUGCAUUUGCAUAUAACCAAUGUUUCAGUCCAACUACCUUGACAUAUUAACCCCUUAAGGACCGAGGACGGUUCAGGACCGUCAUCGGCAUUUUUGCCUUGCCGACCGAUGACGGUCCUGAACCGUCCAAACGGUCUGGGGGUACUUACCUGAUCGCCGUCGUUCCCCCGGCGGCGAUCAGUGUUCCUCCGGUUUUGGGGAGACUGCCUGCAGCCCAGACAGUCUCCCCACGGCAGAUUAGGACCCCUGUGGCCAUGUGAUCGCUUAACACAGCGAUCACAUGGUCACAAUAGGUGUCCAUAGUGCUGCCUGCAGGGGGACUGCCUGUGCUGACAGGCAGUCUCCCUGCAACUGUAAAAUCAGAAAAAAAAUUAAAGUUAAUGGUAAUAAAAAAAAUAAUAAUAAUUAUAUAUGUAUAAAUAUGAUAUAUAGACAUAUAUUAUAUCUAUAUAAUAUGUCUAUAUAUCAUAUAUAUAAUGCCAUACUAAGUGUAUUUUUAUAUUAAUAUGUACUUAUAUUAAUAUAAAAAUACACUUAUAAUUAAAUUACACACGUAUAUAUAUAAUAUAUAUAAUAACUAUAUAUAUUGUAUAUAUAUAUUAUUAUAAAAUAUAAAUAAUAAGUAAUUUAAAUUAAAUAAAAUUUUUUUUAAAUAAUAAUAAAAAAUUUAAAAAAAAUUAUAUAGCUAUAUGAAAUUUUAUUCUAACUGUAUUUUAAAAUUAAUAUAUAUAUAUUUAUAUCAAAAUACACUUAGAAUGAAUUUGUAUAUAUAUCUAUGUAUAUAAAAAUAAAUAAAAAUAAUAAGAAAUAUACAUACAUCCAUAUACAAAAUUACAUAAAUAAUUAUAUAAAUAUACACGUAGACUUCAAAUAUAUAAAUAUGCAUAUAUAUUUAAAUUCUACGUGCGUAUUUAUGUAAUAUUUUUACAUAAUUCAGUAAUUUUAUUGAUUGCAAUUUGAGGGACCUGCCUGCCAACCCAGGCCGAAAUUCCAGAGAAUUUAAUUUGUUAGCACUGUAUUUUACCCUGUAACGUUCUACGACACCCUAAAACCUGUACAUGGGGGGUACUGUUUUACUCGGGAGACUUCGCUGAACACAAAUAUUAGUGAUUCACAACAGUAAAACAUAUCACAGCGAUGAUAUUGUCAGUGAAAGUUACUUUUUUUGCAUUUUUCACACACAAACAGCACUUUUACUGAUGAUAUAAUUGUUGUGAUACGUUUUCCAGUUUUUAAACACUAAUAUUUGUGUUCAGCAAAGUCUCCUGAGUAAAACAGUACCCCCCAUGUACAGGUUUUAUAGCAUUUUUGAAAGUUACAAGGUCAAAUAUAUGGGUCAAAUAUUUUAACAUUGAAAAUGGCCAGGUUGGUUACGUUGCCUUUGAGAGCGUAUGGUAGCCCAGGAAUGAGAAUUACCCCCAUGAUGGCAUACCAUUUGCAAAAGAAGACAACCCAAGGUAUUGCAAAUGGGGUAUGUCCAGUCUUUUUUAGUAACCACUUGGUCACAAACACUGGCCAAAAUUAGCGUUCAAUUUAGUUUUUUUACUUUUUUCACACACAAACAAAUAUGAAUGCUUACUUUGGCCAGUGUUUUCGACUAAGUGGCUACUAAAAAAGACUGGACAUACCCCAUAUUGAAUACCCUGGGUUGUCUACUUUAAAAAAAAUAUGUACAUGUGGGGUGUUAUUCAGAGAUUUAUGACAGAUAAUAGUGUUACAAUGUCACUAUUGAUAAAUUUUUAAAAUGUAUGUUUUUAAACCGCAAUAUCCUACUUGUACCUAUAGCCCUAUAACAUGCAAAAAAAAGCACGUAAACACUAGGUAUUUUUAAACUCAGGACAAAAUUUUGAAUCUAUUUAGCAGUUUUUUCAUUCGCUUUUGUAGAUGAGUAAAAGAUUUUUCAAGUAAAAGUCAAAAAACAUGUAUUUUUUUCAAUUUUUCAUCAGAUUUUUGUAUUUUUUUUAAAUUAAAAUACAUGAGAUUAUAUAAAUAAUGGUAUGUAAAGAAAGCCCAUUUUGUCCUGAAAAAAACAAUAUAUAAUUUGUAUGGGAACAGUAAAUGAGAAAGCGGAAAAUUACAGCCAAACACAAACACCACAAAAGUGUAAAAAUAUUCCUGGUCGCAAAUGUACAACAUCGCAAAAACAGUCCAGUCCUUAAGGGGUUAAGAAAAGUUUGGUAAUAGGACUGAAAUGGUGAAUGUAUGCUGUUGCACAGCUGUAAAAAAACAAAUGACGUUAUCUUGUUGAUUUUGAUGUCCUAUGAGUGUGUUCUUCACUUUGGCUGAGCUCAUCAAACUUGAUGAUCUCAGCCAAUCCAAUAUAGGAAAGCAUUGAGAGGCUAUUGUGCAUGUGUGGCAAAACGCUACACGGCCAAUGAGCAUCUCCUUGGGGAGCGUUCAGCGUCCAUGCAGACCCAAUACACUGCCUUCAAAUCCAAUACACUGGCCCUUAAUAUAAUACACUUCUCCUUCUCACUCCACUCAAAUUGAAUACGCUGCCCACCCCCCUGCCCCGCAAUUUAAUACACUGCCUCCUCUCCCCCAAUAUAAUACACUGCUCCUCUUCCCCUAACUUAAGAUGAGCCAGCCGUCCUCCAGUUCCAGCCCUGCUGUUCUCUAAUGAAGCAGGCCAGAUGCUCCUCUGGCUCUGCGAGCAGGAGGGAAGGGGGAGUGGCCGGCCUGCUCUGCAGACAGAGAGCCACUCUGCAUACUGUAGCGCAGCCGCCGGAUAUGACUUCACAUGCUGUAUGCGCAUAUCUGGUGGCCGGCGUGGACUAAUGCUUAGCGCUCUUGCAGCUGUCGCAGCACGCGAUCGGCCAUGGUAGGGCAGAUGGAAACAGACAAGAAAGAUCUUUCCUGUCUUGUGGCUGGUCAUAGCCACAGCACAAUGCAGCCCUGGGCAGGAGGGCUGAAAAGAUAGUCAUUAUGGCCCACAUGCGGCCCAUGGGCCGCAAGUUUGACAUGCUUGUCUUAAAAGAACUAGAAAAUGUUGCAGUUCUUAGGAACUGCAUCCUUUGCAAGUACUCCCUUAUUUUCUAAUAAACCUAUCAGAGAAGUCCCUAAAUCUGUUUGCGCAGGCGUGUGUGCACACGUCUGAUCUGAAUGUCUGUGCAGACUUCAGGGGAGCACACAGAAGGAGAAAGCAAACCUCCCUGUCUGUCUAUUUCAUAGAUGGGGAUGUUCCAUAAAUUAAUUAUAGAAGUGCUGAUUUCUUAUAGAAAUCAACACUUUCAUAAAAUGGGCAUUAGGUAGGAUACCCCUUAACUUUAAAGCUGAAGUGCUUGGUGUGGAGCAGUCCUUUAGCUGUCAUUUAUUAUGUUCAUGGUUCUGAUACUCUUUGUAACUUAAAUCUUUAAUUUUGUAUUAUCUAUUGGAAAUGUUUACAAAAUAUUAUUUGGGAAAAAAUGUGCUACCCUGCCCUCUUGUUAUGGCAGGACUGCUUACCUAUCAUCCCAGGGUCUGCUCACUGCUGUCUCUGCUAUUGUAAGGUCAUCUCAAAAGUACAGAAAUUAAUAUGGGCAGAUGAGCAUCCUUUGAUGUUGCAGCUGUGAUUUUGUCCACCGUUCUUUCUUUUGUUAAAGUGGAUAAUAACUCCAGUACUAAAGUUUUCCUGUCUUAGUACUUCGCUACCAUUCUGAUGAUGUCAAGGGAUUGGGUGAUAGUCAUCAAAUGUACUGCUAAAAAGACUUUACACCACCUGUUUAAUUAAUAAUGUGUUGUAACACAUGAUCAGGGACUUUAUAGAUAAGAAAAACAUUUUUUUUUUUAUUUCUUUUUAAGCAUGACUAGACAAAUGUUUUCUAAAAAAUGUCUCCUACACGCCAUAAAACAACAAAGUGGUCAAAAUUCUAAUGUGAUGUAAUUAACUUUACUUGAUAGACAUCAAUUCUGUUCUUCAAUUCUUUAUUAUUAAUGCAAAAGUAUUUCAUAUAUUGUUUAUUUCCUAGGAUGGGGCUUUUGUAAAUCCCAAAGUGCAAGAUGGAAAUUUCCCUACAGAAGAAAGUGCACUAUUAAACAGUGGGCAGCAGUCAGCAGAGGUCAGAGCGGAGUCCACCAUGUGCAUGAAGAUGAAGAAGCUAUUUGCCUGCCCCCCCCAAGGACCUCUAUCCCUCAUAAUCACCAAUGGUACAACUACUCUACUGUAGCUAUUAAGGGGUCAGAAAUGCCACACAUUGUGAGGACAGAUAUGUAUGGGUAUAUAAAAGUUUUGGGAUGUGUGACUAGGACUGUAUAUAUAAAGUGAUUUAACUCCUCAAUUGCAGAGAAUUGAGCAGCGAGACUGCAGGGGCAUGAUCUAUACACCAAAACUGCUUCAUUAAACAAAAGUUGUUUUGGUACUUAGACUAUCUCUUUAAUGGCUUAAAGGUAGCUGACAAUCUGUAUGUAAGUGUCUAUCUCAAAGCUAUAAAAACCUUUACCAAAUGCUGCAUUGCCUGCUCAUGAUGUUCAGACCGGACAUUGUUUGAUCAGAAAAAUGUGAUGACUCUCAGUGACUGCUAAUUCACUGCUAGGCUGACGUUGAUCCUAUUAUGUAGUACUGAAAAACUAUAUUCAUACUCUGAUCUCAAGUCAUGUGAUUACCUUUCAGUUACCAUGAUAGCCCUUGUUUGGUGUGUCAUUUGGUCUAUAACCGGUGCGGAAUGUCUUCCUGGAGGAAACCUGUUUGGAAUUUUAGCUCUAUUUUUCUGCGCAUUCUUCGGGGGGAAACUUGUUGGUCUCAUUAAGCUGCCAACUCUUCCUCCAAUGCCUCCACUCCUUGGUAAGUUGAAUAUUAAUAAUAAAAAAAUUAUAUAAAUAUUUAGUAAAGUGGGAAUUCAAAUGCAUUAGUGCAUCUCUAUGGAGAAUGUUCAGUAUCUCCAUGCAGAGUGUGCAGCACUGGACUAGAAAGCACCUCCAGUGGCCAUUUGAGUGUUAUUAGCCUGCAAUGUAUAUACUGUCUUUUCAAUGUUAAAGCAGCGUUUACAGUGCUCAGCCUGUAGGGACAGGCUAUAGACAUCAGAACCACCACAUUAAGCUGUUGUGGUUCUGGUUACAAUACUGUACCUUUAAGGCCAAAAUUGCUGAACUGGAAGCAUUCUCUAAAUCAUCUAUGCUUACACUUUUGCUACUCUGACCUUAAAGAAACACUAUAGUGUUAGGAAUACAAAGCUGGAAUCUCUGCUAGUACAGCUAGUGCGACUGUACUGGGGCCCACACACUGUCAGGGCGCAUUGGGUGGUCCAUGCACUUAGGGACAGCCGAUGGGUAUCACUAAACAGGGGCCUGGUCAGGUGCAGCGUCCCUCUAAGAGCGCUGUGAUAUCUACCAGCUUGGAGGAAGUGACAGAUGAUCACUUCCUCCAAGCUUCAAACAGAACGCUCCAUGCUGGGGGUAGAAGGCAGCAGCAGGCAGAGAGACCCAUAUCAUCCUCAGCAACCCCAAAAAGUCACCCUGCAGAUAAAAGGUAUCCAACAGGAGGGUGGCUACAUAAAAAAUACGAUCAGUGUGUGUGUGUGUGUAAUUAUGUUUGUAUUUCUGUGUAUCACGGUGUGUGUAUGUGUCACUGUGUGUAUCUGCGUGUGUGUGUGUAUAUAUGGCAGGGUGUGUAUUUGUGUGGCAGUGUGUAUGUAUAUGUGUCACUGUGUUUUAAAGUGUAUGCAUGCGUGCAUGUGUCCAGGUAUGUGUAUCUUUGUGUGUGUGUGUGUGUGUGUGUGUGUGUGUGUGUGUACAUAUAUAUAUAUAUAUAUAUAUAUAUAUAUAUAUAUAUAUAUAUAUAUAUAUAUAUAUAUAUAUAUAUGUACACACACACACACACGUAUGUAGGAAUGUGCAUACAUCUCAGCAAUCAAACACAAUCACAUCUAAACACACCCUUGCAAACACAAAUAUUACAUACAAACACACUUCUGCAUGCAAAUACAAACACCCCUUGUAUUAAAACGAUAAAAGUAUAUACAAACCGCAACUCUACACACAAAAGCACACCUGCAUUUAAAAGCAAACAUUACAUACAAACAUACCCAUGUAUUCAAACGCAAAUACAAUACACAACUACACGACUGCAUUCUAAUAGCAACAGUACGUACUAAUAGACCCCUAUAUGCACACACAAAGUUUAAACAGAAACACGCUUACAUUGAAAUGCACAAACAUUGCACACAAAUGCAACCCUGCAAGGAUGGGCAAAUGGCAGAUUCCCAAGCAUCUUUGGAUUUGCACAACAGAUAUUUUUUCAUAAUUUUUCCACUGGACAGGGGCCCAAAAUUUCUUGCACCAGUACCUUUUAACAUUAGUUCCGACACUUCCUAUAGUGUUUUUUAAAUUCACUUAAAAUUCUCACUUUAGUAAACAACACUUUUCGGCAAGUUAUUAGUUCUUAACUGCUAUUCUUAAACUAAAUAAUAGUAUUAGAGUACUGUUUAUUUGAGAAAAUACAAGAACAUAUAACCAAAUGACAUGUGCUUUAUUCUCCAGAAGCAAUAUUUUUGGAAGCUGCUUCUGUUGCUUUGGUACUUUGUUGCUUUCUCAGUCCACUGAACAGUGUUUGUGCUACAGAGUACAGCAUCCCCAGUGCCCCAGUCUCCAGACUUGAUUUAGAGCCCAAUCCACAUAUUUACCUCUGUUAUGGGUAAGGAUUAAAAUGUAUGGUUAAGCUAGUGGUUGCAGUUGAGUUUCUACAUUUAAAAUGUUGUGGAGUAUGAGUUAAAUGCCCAUAUUUGGGUUAGGAUAGUAUACAUAAUGUUAUCCAGUGCCUAAAUUUGUGUUGGAAACACCCAGAUACAUAGUUGCCAGAGCAGGAGACUGUUUUGAACUGUACCCAGUGUCGAUGUAUGGAUUAGAGUGUUAACCGCCUGUAUUUGCUUUCUUAAAAUAGUUAGAUUACAUUUGUGUACCUCGUUUAAGUGAGCUAUAAAGACACUAUGCCCUAAUUAGUGCAGACCCGUUACAAACCAGACAUUAUCUUUGUGCAUUUAUGGUGCUUCUUAAUUUUACAUAUGCAGAUGAUUUUCUUUUCUUUCAUUGAAAAUAUUCAAAACUGUUUAAUGCAAAAUAUUGUGAAAAGAAAAUGAGGAAAAUAGUGUAAUAAAUUAUAAGGGUAUUUCGCCUACGUGACAAAACGUUGCGCUGCAACAAUCAGCAUCUCUUCGUUGAAUCAAUGCAUCUCUAUGGGGAGUAUUCAGCACCUCCACGCAGGGUGUUGCGAUCCUGAUAGGUGCUGCACUGACUCAUGAAGCACAUAUAGUGGCCAUCUGAGUGACUGCACCUAGAGGUGUUUCAAGCCAGCAAUGUAAAAGUGUUUACAGGGUUUUUUUUGUUUUGUUUUUUUAGAAAUGCUGCAGGGUAAGCUUUUAUGCUCCAAAAUCAUUUCAUUGAGAUGAAGUAAUUUUGGUGCUUAGACUGUCCUUGUGUUUUCCUGCCUCUUCAUUGGACCAUGGAUCUUCUUUACUCAUCGGGUCAUGUAACUAUUUUUGUUCACAAAGCACCUGUAUGUCCUAUUCAUGUGAACCCUCAUUGUCAUAAAUUCAGUUUUCCAGCGAUUAAGAUGUUCAUUGAGACUUAUAAUGGAUAAAUAGUAUGUAUAUCUUUAUACUCUGGAGAGUAAUUCGUAUAAUGUGUGAGUGUUUUUUUUGUUGUUUUUUUUUUACUUUCAGGGAUGCUCUUAGCUGGUUUUCUCAUAAGAAAUAUACCUUGGGUCACUGACCUUGUGCAGAUUAAGUAUAAAUGGUCUGCUGCUUUGAGGAACAUUGCUUUAGCCAUCAUCCUGAUACGAGCUGGACUUGGACUGGACCCCAUGGUAAGAGACACCUUAUUUAGUACUUAAAGAUACGUGCAUCACUUGACAAUUAUGUUUUUAAAUCAGCAAGCAAACACAAAUAUACACCAAAAUAAAACAUGAAAAAGUUUGAAAAGUAUAUAAUACUUGUUUAUAAACUUACAAUAAACUUGGUCAGAUUGCAUUAUUGGACACACCUCUCAGCUGGAGUAAUGUCUUCCGCCCUCCCCCCACCCAACCACAACCUAUCUCUGUUUUAAACCAAUACGCUAAUGACAGAAAUGGGGCAUCAUUGUGCAAACAGGAGAGAGAAACCUGACACUGGAGACUGCUCUGCAUGAUAAGACUCUCUUCUCUUCUCCCAUCAGGAUGUUGCACAUAUGUAAAUCUGUCAGACAAACCAAAAGCUUUUUUGCAGCAUUCCGAGGCAUAAAAAAAAACUGAUUAGUUAGUUCAGUGUUCUCCCUGGAGUGGGUGUGGAAAGUAUAAGAAAGAAGAAACAUGUAAAUAUGAAAAAAAAAUCAGUAUUUUCAAAGUUUAAUUUUUUCAUUUUUUAAAAUUGCACAAAUUUGUAAAUUGUGAAAAAACCCUGUCUGGCCCCCUUUAACAAAACCCCUCUCCUGCCCGCCGUUCUACAAAACACAUGUCCUGCCCCCAUUCUACAAAAUCCCUGCACCCCCCUGUGACAGACCCAUAUGUCUUUAAAAUACUUUUAUUCCUCCUUGGUUCGUCUGUUUGUUCGGUUAAAUGCCUGUCCGUACACCCCGUUCGUUUAUUUCCUUAACUACCGAAUGAACUGCUGAAUAGCCGGCCACCCAGCAUGGAAGUGUGCUGCUGGUUAACCUCUUGGCCUCAACAGAACGUUGUGGUUAACCACAAACACGUUCUAAUUGAUAAGGGUAGGCUGGGUGGUCGUCAUUUGUGUGCCGAACACGAGGCGGCGGCCACCUUGGACAUACGAAUGCCCCCCGGUGUUCGUUGAGAAUCUUAUGGAACUAAAAACGGACACUGAAUUACACGAACACCGCUGAAGCCGCUGACCACCCCCCUUACGGUGGAUUCUGUAUACGAACGACAUCCUGUUAGGUAGUUUUAAUUCACGAAUGGACUCACCUCAGAUAGCUAUCCCAUGGCGAUUGGACUACGUGUAUGGGAUCUGAGCGCUAUUUGGUAAUAAUGUGCGCUCAGAUCCAAGCUAUCUGAGGAUAUGUUGAACCCAUAUAUUUUCUUCAGUUAUUGUAAUGUUGUUAUAUAAUUUUAUGUAUUUUCUCCACCAUGUGUAAAAUGGAGUUUGGCCUCUAUCCUGGGAGAUAAUUGAGUGACUCCCCAAUUAUCUCCAGGAUAGAGAGGAGGGUUCUGUACAGCAAAAGGUGAAUGUUUAUAGCCCAAGUGUUUCUAUUGGCUACUGUAUUAUAUUUGUCCCAGUUUUCCACCAGGUCCCCUAGGGGAGUGUCCACCUGGUGGAAUACCGCAUAAAUACCAGGCAGGUAGCCCAGAUUAAACAGAUCUCUGCUUAACCCUCAAUACGGAGCUUGGUCUCGUACUUGGGGGUAUUGGAUUCGUAUGGUUUACUCGUUCGGCUGUUUGGUUCGUGAAGGAUUUCGUAUGGUUCCUGUUCAGCUAAUUGCAGCUUUCGUGAGCUGCUUCUCUAAUCGGAAAGGGAACAUCGUCAGCGGUAUUAACCCCUCUUAUACUGGGGUGUACCGUAACACCCCCUUCCACAAAUACCCUGCUUAGCCCCCUUUAAACAAAUCUCUGUCCCCCUGUUACAAACCCCUGCACCCCCCUUCCAUUAAACUCCUGCACGUCCCCUUCCCCCAAAAAACCUGCCUCUCCUUCUAAAGCCCCCGCUUAGCCCCUUACAAUAGAAUUAAUUUUUUUACACAAUAAAAUUAGCAACAGUCCCAGGCAUAUAGUCACUCGCACACAGUCACACACACGGUUACAGGCAGACAGUCACACAAACAGUUACAGACAGUCACACACACAUACUUACAGGCAGCAUUCCCCAAUCACAGGCAGACACACACACACAGUCACAAGCAGGCACUCAUACAAAAUCACAGGCAGACAAUCUGUUACUUACAGACAGCUGCUGGUUUGGCUCCACUGCCGAUUAGCUCCGCCGCCAUUCUUUGAUGCGGCCGGUUUUGAAGUUCUGCGGCUGCCUGUGUGAGUGAGCUGUGCGACUGCCAUGCAGCCCUGGUCAUGGCACCCACUUUGUUAGUGUCCCCCCACCUCUGCUUAUCACUGCCAUUAAAAACUCUUGACUCUAGAUAAGCAUGUGCCUAUAUUCUUAGGUGUUUAUUCUGUAAACAGUAGGUUGUUAAAGUAAUUUAUAGAAGAUUUCAAAUUUAACUGGAUGUGUAAUUUCUGAUGUAAAAUAUGCAGCUUGGUUUUUUGCAGGUUUAUUUACUAAACUGUGGGUUUGAACAGAUUUUAAAUUAAUUUUAGCCGAAAGUAGCAAAACUAAAAUGAUUUUUUCUAAUUCACACUUAGCUAUUAUAGUCUUUACUCACUGUGUCCAGCUCUAGUAAUUUGUUGGUUCUACAUACGUGAUAAUAAUAGUAAAGUACCAAUCUGUUUUCUGUUUUUUUUGUUUUGUUUUUUUUUUGUGUUUUUUUUAUUUUUUAAAUUCAUUCUUCCAGGCUUUGAAGAAGCUCAAGGCAGUGUGCUUGCGUCUGUCCCUUGGUCCAUGUGCAAUUGAGGCUUGCUCGGCUGCUCUUCUUUCGCAUUUUCUCUUGGGACUGCCCAUAACAUGGGCAUUUAUGUUGGGGUAAUUAUUCAUUAUGUACUUGCUUAUCUUAUAUUUGGCAUACAGACGAAUAAUUUUUAAUUUUACUUAUAUCUGUAUACUCCAGCAAACCUAUAAUUAUAACGUCCAAAAAUGGGAUUCUUAUCUCAAACUCCUAUUAGAAUUGUUUAGGGGGGUGUUGAAAGUUGAAUUCCUAAUACUAUAGGACCCUCUGAUUUCCCCCAUCCGGCACAUGUCUUUCGACACUAUCUGAUGGGGGGGACAUAAUACGCACGCACAGGGCACACCCCGCUCGCUUUAGGCCUUCCUUUUCUCAUAAGCUGGACCUCUUCGUGCAGGAAGUAUCUCUAGUGACUCUCCGAGAGACCAUUUUUAGUGACUCUCCGAGAGACCGUUUUUACAGAUCAAUUAGCUGUAUUAAGCUGUUGUCCUUGUGCUAUCCCUUUAAUAUGUAUGGUGAUAGUUUAAUUCAAACAAUAAAUCUGUUAAAAUGAACAGAUAGUAACAGAAUGUAAUUCUUUGAUUCUUGGCAUCUGAACUUGGCAGGAAACCAUGGUAGCUUUAGACUGCUUCAAGGUUAGAUGUUUAGUCUACAAAUAGUUGCAAGAUUCAUCUAAAUGUAGUAAGAACUUGCAGGCAUGUGGCAUGGAAAAACUCUUACAAUGUUCUACUAUACACUAUUGUUACAUUAGAGUAAUAGAGACAUCUGCCCUGUGUGAGAAUAAUGUAUUAUGCAAUUAUCAUCCUAAAAAAAAAAAAAAAAAAAAAGGUAGCCAAUGGAAACUCAAUCCCUGGACUGGUGGGGGUUAUCCCGGUACUCACUGACUUGUUAAUCGUCUCUUGGGACAUAAGGCUUACAGUGUACUGUCCUCUAAUCACUACAAAAUGACUACUAAACUGCAGUGCAGACGAAUGGAGGCACCUGAUUACACACCCCAAGCUUUGGGCUACAAAGCCAUAUUCGACCAGCAAUGCAAUCAGUUUUGGGAGACCCUAGCCAAAAGUGGUACCCACUAUCGGACAAACCUCCAGGGCCCUGUGCAGCUGUCCAAGUAGCAGUGGAGAAAUCUGCCACCAUUUGUUCAUGCUCGUGAACACCCAAAUCACAAGCAGGUCGGGAAAUCCACUUUCUACUCCAUGCACUGAUCAGAAAGGGCCCACUCAAAGCCCAGUUAUCCACCAGCAGUUGAAAGAUUCCACACAUUGUGGGCAUGCUGGACUGUGGACUACAUGAUGCCAGACCAGUAAAAUGGGGGUGCCUGUGAUAUGUGGACAAUGGCACUGGUCUGCUGGCUCUUUCAUCCAACCGAGCAGGGCUUUCUGACUAUGAGCUCAAUGUCUUGCCCAAUUGCUGGUGCUGAUUGGGACCCUGACCUUCCUGUAUAGACUGGGGGUUGUAUGACAUAGCAUGAUGAUUGUAUGGUGGAAUGCCUACAUGUUUCAACCCAAUAUGCAAUAUAUGGCUUAGCCAGCUAGUACUUGUUAGGAACUCAUACUUUUAUAUGAUGUAAUCUUUGCAGCCCACACAUUUAAUGUUGUAUAUAUUGAAAAUAAUUUCUCACUAUAUUCAUGUCACUCUCAGUGGAAAAUAUAUUGGCAUUUCUUUCUGUUCUAAGCUACUUUAAGCGACUAUCCUCUCCAUAAUUCAUAAAAUUAGAUGUCUUUAUGUGCUAUGGGAUUUGUCUGCUUCUUACUACUAUGUUCAAGUUUGAAAUAUAUAUUUAUUUAUUUUUAUUUAUUUUUUAUUAGCUUUGUCUUAGGGGCUGUAUCUCCUGCUGUUGUUGUCCCUUCAAUGUUGAUAUUGCAACAUGGAGGAUUUGGGGUUGAGAAGGGUGUCCCGACCUUGCUAAUGGCUGCUGGAAGCUUUGAUGACAUCUUGGCAAUAACAGGCUUUAAUACUUGCCUAGGCAUGGCUUUUUCAUCAGGUAAAUACUCUUAUUAUUGUAAGGGUUGUUAAAACUUGCCAUAUCACUUUAUUUUAAAGUUAAACCGUCCUAUUUCUACAUUGUGAUAAAUAGGAAUGUAUGGUUUUCAUUGUUCUACUCUCUGUGAAAUGUAACUUAUAAAUUAAAAUGUAACCAUAUUCCCAGCAUAUUUUAUUAUUUAUAUUUUUGCAGUGCAAAAGAUAGGUGCAAACAGGCUCGAGGUACCCCAACGGCAAUCCUCUAGCGUCAUAUCAAGCUUUACAAUUGGGUAGUAGAUUGGAUGUGCACAAGUUUAUAUUAUAGUAAUCAACAGUUAAUAACAAAAUGAACGUGAGCAAUUUAGGAGAGACACUGCGCAUCUUAUGACAUACAACUUUCUAUGCAUAUAGGGAAUGGCACAUGGUAGAACAGUGAUGUCGGGUUAGAUAGACUGCUUGUUGCGUAAUUAACGCAACAAGUUGUCUACCGCAAGUCCGCCUUUUGCCGGUUAUAGCAGUGUGUGCAACUUGCGCAUAUGCAAUAUAAUUGAGAAUAACCCCCCAGGCCACACUCCUAAAAAAAACAUAGCUACAUUGUCCGUGGGAGCACAGGAGUUCCCCCCCUGCCCCCCCCCCCUCCCCUCCAUAGCGUAGGUAGAGUUAUGGUGAAGAGUAUUGGCAAAUAACAUAAAAAGAGUAAAACACAAUAAACACUUUGUUUUGGGAGUGGAAUCUCGCUGCUCAGUGAACGGAAUGGUUAAAGGACCACUAUACUGACAGGAAAACAUACUCGUUUUCCUUGCACUGUAGUGCCCUGAGGGUGCCCCCACCCUCAGGGUCCCCCUCCCGCCGGGCUCUGGGGAGAGGAAAGGGGUUAAAACUUACCUUUCCACAGCGCCGGGCUCUCCGCCACUUGAGCUUCGAAGCGCAUUCUGGGUGAGGUGCCCCAUCUGUCCUGAGAUCUUCAGCAUUAUAGCUUGUAGUUUCGUUGGCUGCUUUGCCCAGUUGGGGCCCCUCUGGCUGCAUCUCGGUCUUGCGCCUUUCAGGGUACAGAGCUCUGGCUGGCUUUUGUCCCGUGGGUUGUGAUGGUGCUGGAGGUUGGGGUCUAUUCUCCAGGCGUUUCCAAAAUUGCCUGCAUCUGGCGUCAAAUCUUGCCUGGAAGGCUGCUGCCCAAUCACUGGGAGUCUGUCACUUUGCCGUCAGCCAUCUUGGUCAGGCCUUGUGUCUCCCGCUAAUCAGAUAUGCGCCCUGAAGCGAUUUGUAGGUGAGUACUCUCUGUCUGGGAGUAAACCGGGAUGACCCCCGCCGGUCCAGCGUGGGGGACAACGAUGAGGGCUCUUGUGCUGAAACUUAGUUUGUCAUGGCAGCGGAGAAGCGGCCGUCUCCCCGCGCCCGCCAUGCUUGUAGGCCUCAUACUCUUGUUGGAUACGUAUAGCUCGAAAUCUCUCUUGAGUGGUGUCAACGUGUGCAGCUGAAUGUCACCUCUCUGUUGGCUUUCUCGUGUCAAUAAAUUUUAGUUUGAGCAUUGAAAGUCUUCUUUAAUCGCUGCAUGCAGUAGGAGCUGCUGAGGUUUGCUUCCUCUCAUCUCUGCAGUCAGGCCCCGCCCCUCUCCCAGCAGAUUUAUAUGCACAUCUAACUAGGUAGCCAGCUUUGAAUAACGUCACAAUUUUCAAACCCUCUGUAACUGAAUAAAAAAAGAAAACCUUGCAUAGAGCAUGUGAUCUCAGCAACUAAUGAGAAUCUGAUUUGUAUCUCUCAGAAUGUUAACGGCACAGGAACGCUAAAGUGUUAUUUCUUUGAGUGAUGCUGGAUGGCCACUAUGCCCAAGCGUAAGCAAUGUUUGCCUACAAAUCUUUUAUCAGAAACCUUCUACAGAAACUUUGUGGAGAAAUGCUAAAGACAGUGGCAAUUUAAAGGAACAGUGUAAUACACGAACAGUAUAAUAUUUAUAUACAUACUCUUCACCGCAGUCCAAUAUAUCUACUGUGAAGCAGUUGAUGUCUGUCUAAUCAAAUGCUAUUGCUGCGAUAAACCAAUCCAGGGCUGACACCUAAUGUAAAAAUAGGUUAAAUUGUGGAAUUUAUUUUAGUAUUAAGACCCUAGUGUGUCUAAAUGACAGCAACCAGAGGGAACUGUAAAAUGAAAAUAGUGUUGCUACUCAAAACUAACACUUUUCUACUAUGACAGAGCAGGGGCAACAUCUAUGCCCCAUAAUCACUUGCACAAGAAGUGAUUUUGCUGCUUAGACCCUUUAUGUGUCACAUUAUGAAUCUGGGAUUACCUAGGGGCCUGUUCAGAAAUGGUUAUGUUAAAUGGAUAACCUAAGCACCAAGUUAAAUUUAGCUUAAUGAAGCAAUUUUAGUGUUUAGAUCAUGCCUUAUGUAGUCUCACUGUCGAGUCCUCUGACAUUUAGGAGCUAAAUCACUUUUGUUUCUGUUGAUGCAGCCCUAGGCACAUCUUCCCUGACUGUGACUCACACAAUGUACUGAAAAAAACAAACAAAAAAAAAGACAGUUUCAUUAUUAAUCAGAUGUGACACCACAGUGUAUUUACUGUAGAAGUUUUGAUGUCCUGCUCUGUUAAUUGAAAUUCAAUCACACACAUGAGGCUUUGGCACCCUCUUGUUAUUAACAGAACAGGAGAUAAUACAUUCUAAAUAAAACAGACUGUUCUAUCAAUUAAGUUAAAGCAUUGAAUCUCUUUAAAGAAAAUGUGUAGUGAGUCUGUAGGUUACAUGCAGCGGAGGUGUGUCUAGGGCUCCAUAGACCAAGUGAUUUACCUCCUAAAAGCAGAUGAUUGAGUAGUUAGACUGCAAGGGCAUAAUCUACACACCAAAAUCACUCCAUUAAGCUAAAGUUGUUAUGUUGCUUAUUGUGACACAGCUCCCAUACCCUGACUCAGUAACUCCGCCAGGUCAGCUUCCUCUCUACCAGGGACUCCGGAGUGCUUCAGACCCAGUCACUAAAGUCAGUGGUGUAUCCUGGUUUUGUGCUGCCCCCGCGCGCCUGCCCCCCCAACCCUUCCCCCCCGCCUUCUAAAUACACACACACACAUUCAGACAGAUACACAUACACUCGCUAACAGAAACACACAGACACACUCACUAACAGACACACACUCACUGACACACACACAGGAAAACACACUCACACUAACAGACACACACAGGCAGACACACACACACUCACUGACACACAGUCAGACACACACAUACACUAACAAACACACACUCACAGGCAAACACACUCACACUAACAGACACACACACAUACACACACAAACACUAACAGACACACACUUACAAACACACAGUCAGACACACUAACACACUAACAAACACACACACACAUUAACAGACACACACUCACAGGCAAACACACUCACACUAACAGACACACACACAGUCAGACUGUGGGGAUAUUUAUGGGAUAAUAAUAGUAACAGUGAGAAUUGCCCACUAAUUCAAUUCUCAGAUCCCAAAGAACGUUUAUUGUGUUAAGUGAGAAGUAUUUCAUAUAAAUAAUAUCACAAUUUUUGUUAUAAAAAUAGAUUUAUUUAUAAUAACAAAUUAAUUAAUAAUAAUAAUAAUAAUAAUAAUAAUAAUAAUAAUAUGCAACAUGCAUGACAAUAAUCAAUGAAUAUCCAGUAUAAAAUGGUAUGCAAUACAAAGGAAUGGCUAAACACGUUUCAAUGGCUAAACAGCAUUAUCUGUCAAGUCUUCUGACGAUUUAUGACUAUCUUUCACAGGGAGAAAGUGAAGCUUUUCACAGCGAAGGGCCAUAAAACCCUGGCUAACAGUUAGAAUAACCCUUUCAAUGCUGGCUAGACCUCCUAGGUAAUUAAGAUCUAUUCUUAUGUAAAUUUUAAAUAAAAUAACAUUUAAACCAGUUCAUUAGUCAUUUCCUGGAACCAUCCAAUAAGAGAAUCUAUCAUGAUUAUAUAAGCAGAUUUUAAUUUGUCUAAAAGAUAUCUAUCUUAUAUUAGAGCAAAUCAAUACACCUGGAUAAAAACAACGGUAUGCUACCACGUGAUAAUAUCACAUCAAUAUAUAAUUAUUCUUAAUUCCACCUGCAGAAUGGAAUGUUUAUAACUAUAUAUUCUUUAGUUAACUAAGAUUUCUUAAUAUGGAAAUCUGACCGUGCUUUAUCCUAGUCAUAUAUAAUGCUAUUAGUAAAUUUUAAUUAAUUUAAUUAAUUAAAUGAAACCAGUAUAAUUACCAGUUGAGUAGAUAUUUCAUCCGAUUGGUAGAUAGUCCCAGGAACUUAUUUGGAUGUCUGUAGGUGCAUGGAGUUAUGGUGAAAGGUGGUGUUGGUUAGAAAGUCAGUAAAAUUCUAAGUGUUAGAGUUUUAAGAGUAGAGUGUUAGUCUCAGAUGUUGUCCUGGGUUUCUCUGCAUGUCCGAGUUGGAGUCCCCCAAACUUCCAAUUCCUCUCUCCUCUUUUUCCUUCUCCUUUGCAUUCCUCAAUCUUCCCUUUGUCCUAACUUUUAAAGGGCCAGACUCUCUGUACGUCAUCAGUUGAUAACCCAAUAGAAGCACUAGAGGUGUGGUUAUCUUCCAGAUCGCAAUUUAGGUAUUUGGUCUAUAGAGGGCAGUCUUGUCCCACUAAACAUACCUAUCCAGGAAAGAGUUAACUUUUCCUGGUGGCUAUUUUGACGUCAUUUUGGCCUAUCUCUAUCUUUGCUAUAACUUAGAUUGCUGUCAGAUAAAAACAGUUUCUUUAAGUUUUGUCCAGACUAUGUGUCUGCAAAUCUGAGUUUUGACCCGUAACUUACAAUGGGACCUUAUACAUAUAGACAGUCUAUCCAACCCCCGUUCUUCUUAUCACUUGUUUAUACUAUGCAUUCCUUUAGCUCUGGCAAAGUGGUUAGUUUUACAGAAAGAAAUCUUGUGUCUUUUUGUUAACUUGAAAAUAACAAAAUGGAGUCUGCUCUGUUCAGAGUGACUCAGAAUAUACACUUUUAAUUUCUAUCAUAGCACAAGAUGUUUGCCGAUAUAAAUACCCUGACAAGACACACACUCACAGGCAAACACACACUCACUAACAGACACACAGUCAGACACACACUCACACAGUCUAACACACUAACAAACACACACACAUUAACAGACACACUCACAGACAUAUACACACACUCACUCACAUUAACACAUUUUAAUUUUUUUUAUUUAAUCCACCCCCCCCCCCAGCCUCCUUACAUUUGGGAAUGCUGGGGGGGGUUCUGUCUCUCCCUGGGGUCCAGUGGCUGCUAGGCUGCUGGCGAGGGAGCACUUCCUCUGAGCGGUCCACUCAGCUCCCUCGCCCGUCGCAGAGUGAGGCUGGGAGCCGGAAUAUGACGUCAUCUUCCGGCUCCCAGCCUCACUAUGUGGCGCGCGAAGGAGCUGAGCAGACCGCUCAGAGGAAGAGCUCCCUCGCCAGCCGCCCGCCCAGCACGUCUGUUAGCCGCGAGGCUAACUAGGCAUUUGCCCUGGGCAUUUGGGGGCAGCGUUUUUUGCCGCCCCCUGAAAAAUGCCGCCCAAGGCAAAUGCCUAGUUUGCCUCGCGGCCAAAACGCCCCUGACUAAAGUGUGAUUAGGGUCUCUGAGGACCUCUUCCACUGGAUCAGGCUGUAGCCCUCUUAUUCCAGACAGGCAUCGCCCUCUCUGCCUCUUCCAAUCCUCUGACAGGCAGACAUCUAUACCUCUGCAUACUGUGUCUCUAACUGUUACCUUUACAAAGGCACUUGUGGUCUAGAUCUUUCUUAACUUGUCCCAGGCAUCAAGGACCAGUGCAGUCGGCCAACAAGUCUGAAAACUCUGUCACAAACCAAACAGGAUACACAAUUCCCAAUGGAACCAACACACAAUACGUUAUUUUGGACAAGGACUACUCUGGUAACUGGUCCUUAACUAUGUGGUGAAAUCCUUUAUAAAUAUAAACAAGCAUACAUAACUUGAAGAUGAAACCUCAUGCAUCAAAUAUAUAACACAAUCACAACUUUCAAACCUAUGGAGAUACACAGAUGCAACUGGUCAGUUAUUUGUAAUUUCCUAAUUUGCAUAUUGUGAUAAUACAAAUCAAUAAUUUUCCAGUUUCACCAACAGAGGGUGCUAGAGAGUCAUCACAAGUCAGAAUAAAAUCCAGUUUUAAAACAAGGCACAACUUUGCAAUAGUGCCAAACCCAAACCAGUGUGGAAAGCAGUCCGAAUGGCCCCUGUCUACCUGCCUCCCUGAACAGAACCCCUUCCCGACCAAAGCCCAUAGUUGGUGGAAGGAGGCUGACCUGCAGUCCUCUUUGAGUGCCAAGGUAAUGGAGGCUUUAUUUGCACUUAGAUCUGUUUUUAUUUCCUCCUUACUCAAGAAGGGACUACUUUCUUAUAUCUCCACCAUGGAAAAGAACUAGGAUGACAUUUUGCCACCUUGUGAGUACUAGCACAUUAUUGUUUUCUAGUUAUGGUUUUCAGCUUCUCGUCUCCAAUGUGGGUUACCUUUCUUUAUUAUGCAUAGUGUCUGAUUCUUUGUUAUUCUUAAAAUGGAAAUGCUUAUCUGGUGUAUUUGGUUAUGUAGCCCUGAUUUCCAUCCUGCUUUCGAUAUCUGCUUACUUUCGAAUAAAAUAAUUUUGGGGGAAAAUAUCCACUGGAUAAAAUCGUUUGGCAAAUUCACUGUUCUAAGUUUCCUCGUGUCUCUCAAUGGCUAAGACAGUGUGCUGACAUUGUUCCUGAUGGUUAAAGUAAGUCAAUUGCAGACCUCCCAACCAUCCUGAUUUUAGCAGGACAAUCCCAAUUUCUGUCCUGUCUCACCACCUCCUCAGCUAUUGGCUAAUUGCAGGAAAUUUGAUAUUGUUUUUUUGGAAUUCAUGUUCCCAAAAUGCCAGCAAAAGUGUAACCUAUUAACUAUUAUAUAUAUAUUAACUAUUGCUUAGUCUUUUGUACAUUGUGGGAGAGAGACAAAGUAAGGCGAGGCGUAAUUUACAAUGUAGAGGUACUAAAUCCAGAAAUUUGUUUUGUGGAAGGUAAAGACCAGAAAUGUAGUAGUGGGGAAGGUAAGUGAGCUUAAUUUUAUUAUAGUUUAUUUUCAUUGCAAAGCAAUGAAAGCCAAAUGCUAUAUACUGGGUUGAGCGUGAAGUGGGUUAAUCCAUUGUGCACAGCUGAAAACUAGGCUUUACGUCGGUAAGAAGUAAUAACAUUGAUGUUCUAAAAUCUUUUAUUCUUAAUUUGCAGCACACUGAUUUAACACAACAUGUGAUGUGUUUUCACAGGCUCCACCAUUAACAGCAUUGUCAGAGGAGUACUGGAAGUAGUGGUUGGCAUAUCUGCUGGACUCCUUUUGGGAUUUUUUCUUCACUACUUUCCAAGCAAAGAUCAGGUGAAACCAGAUUUCUUCUCCGCGUCUAAUCCUAUGCUGACAUGCAUUCAGUGACCAAAUACUUUGGUGGGUACACUGCUGAAAUGCACAUGGUGUCGGUAGCAGAUAGAAAUGUUUUUGGCAAAAGUAAAAAUAGAUUUCAGUGGGCGAGUGUUGUUUAACCUUUUAUGAACCACUGAGUAUUGGAAAUAAGGUCCUUGCUUAUUCGGAUUUUAAGGUUUCCAAUUUUUGUUGAAUUUUUGCAGAAUGUUGAGUAAAAGAGCUGACUUUGGCUAUUACCUUUAUAGAUAUAUAAUAUGCCACUAUAUGUACACUAUCUGUAAUAUAAGAAACACCUUGCUUCACCCCAUUUUACACACUCAUUUUACCAAGUCUCUGCUGGGGUCUAUCUAAACAAGAAUGUAUCAACAUUUUUUCAAAAUAUGUAUUCUGGCUGCAGGAUGAUACUGUGGCCCAACAGGCAGGACUAAGUAAAACACGGAAACAAUAGAAAAUAUAAAUAAACGUGUUACCAGCUAAUGUAGAACGAAUAGUCAGUAACUAGCCGAGGUCAGAAACGCAGACAGAAGCAUAAACGAAUGGACAAAGCCAAAAGGUCAAGGAUACCAGAAGUACGAAUAGUCAGGAACGAGCCAAGAAAGAAUGCUCUCUCAGAUAACAGCUAGUGGAUAUCAUGACAGGGCAAUGAGUAAAACAGUAACAGGGGGUGUAAAAAGCCCUAAACGUUAUUUCAUUGGUUAGUAUAGGUCAUGUGAUUCCAAAAUGUACGUGCGUGUCGAUGACACAACGCCACUUCAUGUUCGCGUGACUUUUAACCUGGCCGAAGGCGGGGUUACUAAAACCCCAUGGGAAAACAGCAGCUGGCGUAAAUGAGAAUGGCACACUUGCCAGGGGAAGCGGCACAGGCGGAUGGAGCUGUGACCUGCCGUGCCUGAGGUAAGUGUAAAAGAUUUUCAGCAUGACUGCACUGAUCUGGCGUGGUCAUGUGUGCUGCCAUGCCGUGAGCCAUUACACUGGCUUCUGGAGUUUCAAAUUACACUGACUUCUGGACUAUCUCCACUUUAUCCCUGACAUCGCUUACUUGGGUAAAUAUGUGUCAGGAUUACAGAACGAUCCAGCACGUAGAAUUGUAUAACACACAAUGAUAGGUAACGUAUACCGGACCUUAGAAUGGCUGGACUAACGUACCAAAGAAUAGUCAGGAAUAGCCGAGGUCAAGGGAAACAGAGACACAACGAUAAGGAAAAGCCAGGAGUCAGGGAUGCCAGAAAACAGGGAAGUCAAAUAACCAGAAUUACAUGAAUCAAUAACGCACUCUCGGACAACCACCAGGGAAACCACGACAGGGCACUGAGCAUGAUGAGAACUGGGCCUAAAUACCCCUCCUCUAGAUCUGAUAGGCUGUAACCGGCCUUUGACCCCAAAGCAGUUACCAGGUUCCAUUUUGCAUAAUUGCUGGUCAGCAUUAACCCUUCUGUGGAUUUGAUUGCUGCUCGGCACUACUUUUCCUGUAUGGACAGUAAAUGUCAUUAACCACAUUUUUAUAAGCGGAUGAAUACGUGACAAUAUGAUACUUAUAUGUAACAUGUUUUUAGAACACUGCUUGGUUGGUACCAUUUUAGAGGUAAUUAUCUUAAUAUUAAGCUGUUUAAAAACAUUAGUUGUGAUCUCCACCAACGCAUGGGAAGAGAAUUGGGUGAUGUUAAUAGAGAACACAACAGUUUACCUCACCUCUGGUCCUCUAGGAUGUGGAAUGGGACAUUACAAUUUAAAGGAACAUGUAUUCCUGACCCUAUAGUGUUAAACCCACCAUUUAGGCGGCUCCUCCCCCCACACACACACCUUAAAAGGUAUUAAGACUCAUCUUGUUUCCAGCGCCGUGCGGGUCCACCGGCACUGGCCCCACCUCCAAUCCGCCUCCUUGAUGACAUCCCAUAGGGAAAGCAUUGGAUUGGCUUAAAGCGGCACUGUCAUUGCCGAAUCUCGUUUUUUUGUGUGUUUUUUUAACCCGCCUCCACUAUCUCUAAUUGACCCCCUAGUCACCCCCAAAUGCCACUAAGCCCCCCAUAUUAUCAAUUUUUUCAUCUUUAUUUUCUGCCCCGAUCUAUAUUCAGGGUGCCACCAUCUUUGUGUGGGUAGAUGAAGUCCCUGUGGGACACAUCAUCUGCCCACACUAGAUAGCACUGAGAUUUCCGCACAUGCCCAGUUAAACACUUGGACAUGCGAACGGGAAUUUCAUCUAUUCAUUCAUUCGUCAGAAAGACGAAUGAAUGAAUAGAAAUGUCAGACGAACAAACAAACACUGAAUAUCAGUUUUUGUUUGUUCGUUCAGUUUAUUACAAGGAGGGAGCUACCGGCACGCAGCUCCCUCCUUGUAAUAUGUAAAGAGAGAAGUGGCAGGGAGCAGUGCUCCCUGCCACUUCAUAAGCCCCCAGGUCCCUCCUCACUCUAUGGUGGUCAAAAUCUCCCCAAUGCCCCUACUCGCUAUACCGCGAAUAGGGGCAUGUCCACUAAACAGUGAGCAGCCCGUGGCUGCUCACUGUUUAAAAAAAGAAAACUACUAUCCUAAAAAACAAUAAGGGGGGAGACCUACUGUCUUCCCCACCCCUGAGAGGUGGGUGGGGGCCCUAAAAAAAAAACAAGGGGGGGACCUACAGUUCCCACCCUGGCCCCCACCACUGAGCGGUGGGUGGGGGCCCUAAAAACAAUAAGGGGGGACCUACUGUCCUCCCCACCCCUUAGCAGUGGGUGGGGGCCCUAAAAACAAUAAGGGGGGGACCUACUGUCCUCCCCUUGGCCCCCAACCCUGAGCGGUGGGUGGGGGCCCUAAAAAAAAAAAAACAAUAAGGGGGGACCUACUGUCCUCCCCCCCCGGCCCCCACCCCUGAGCGGUGGGUGGGGGCCCUUAAAACAAUAAGGGGGGGACCUACUGUCCUCCCCCUCAUGGCCCCCACCCCUGAACAGUGGGUGCAGGGCCCUAAAAACAGUAAGGGGGGGGACCUACUGUCCUCCCCCCGGCCCCCACCCCUGAGCGGUGGGUGGGGGCCCUAAAAAAACAAUAAGGGGGGGACCUACUGUCCCCACUUAGUAUUAGUAAAGUUGUCUGAAAGACCAAUUUAGGUCUUUCAGCAUUUUAGUAGAUAACUCCCUGAUACCGUGGGAAUUAGGGAGUUAACUACUAAGCGGCUGCAAGAUGCAGCCACAGCACAAAUAGGAUCGGAGUUUCAUUCAUUAGAAUGAAAUUGCGAUCCAAACAAAGUCCCGAAUUGCAUCUUAACACGAAUGGAGAAACUUCUUAUUCUGUUAGGAUGCAAUUCUGCAGUUUUGUCGGCGUUCUGUCUAAGUGACAGGACGUUCGGCAAUACUGACAGGGAGUAUCGUAGGAACAGGGAGGAGAGCUAAGGAUCAUGGGAAUAUUGCUCUGACCAGCAGAAAUGAAGCACACUUUGCUCCUCCGCUGGUCAAAGCUGGUCAAGCGGAGGAAACCUCCAUAAGGCAAAGAGUCCCUACUUUGUCUUAUGAUUUUAAAGAAAAAUAAAGAAGACAGGAAGAAAGGAAGAACCGAUCCUGAGAGAAGGGGAGAAGAGGAAGAGAUUGAGGAAAGGUAAGUUCGGCAAGCAUUCAACCUCUGUUGCCUAUAUCAAGGACUCUGCCAGAAAGCAGCAAAUCUGUGCACUGGCAACAAAUGGUAUUGUUAAGGUAUGUGCCAUGCCCGUUGUAUCUUGCACAGCAUGUAAAUUAAAAUAAAAUAUGAAUAGAAAAUUAACCUAUUCAGGUUUAACAUUUUAUUUUAAAAGCACUUUGAGUUGGCUAUAUGAUUGUGCUAAAAUAUCAGAAGUAAUAGUGCCUCUUUAAAUCCUGGACUUUCUCAUAUAACUCAAAUUGAAGAUAAUCCUGGGCACAUGAGUGUAGUUGAUCCUUCUGGAAUCUGAAAAAUGUUUAAGUGAUUGUAGAACAUUAAAGCCAUGUUGACAUUGUAAGCAGCUGUGCGUUCUGGGAAAAAAUUUUAGUUUUAUCUGCUUUAAGUUUUUAAGGGGGGUGUUUAUGGUUGUGAAAUCAAAGCUCAGAGACCACAGUUUUCCAAGUGUUCUUUAGAAUGUUAUUAUUUCUUAUUGUGUUUUAGGUUAUUUUCUCUUUCAUUUCUAGGAACUAUACUCUAUCUCUAUUUAUUUCUAUCUCCCUAUCUAUGGGUCAGGGUCCACCCACACUACUCCCCCCUCCCCCCCUCCGACAUCAUCCGGCAUGGGAGACCUAUUGAGCAUGCAUGGCCGGCGGCGGGGAAGACCUAAUGCGCAUGCGCGGCAAUGCCGCACACGCGCAUUAGACCUCCCCAUACGAAAGCAUGGACUAAUGCUUUCAAUGCUUUCCUAUGGGAGGACAUCCAGCAAUGUUAUGGCACACUUUUCGUGUUCUAUAAACACGGAUGUGUCCUCUAGUGGCUGUCUAGUAGACCGCCACUAGAGGAGGACUUAACCCUUGAGGUAAAUAUUGCAGUUUAUGAAAACUGCAAUAAUUACACUUGCAGGGUUAAGGGUAGUGGGAGUUGGCACCCAGACCACUCCAAUGGGCAGAAGUGGUCUGGUUGCCUGGAGUGUCCCUUUAACUCACUAUCUAUCUUGCUCACUCUCACUAACUCCCUCACUCAUUAACUCUCUAACUCACUAACUCUCUCACUAACUCUCACUCACUUUCACUCUCUAUCUCAUGCUCACUCACUCUCACUAACUCUCGCUCACUCUUACUCUCACUCUCGCUCACUUUUACUCUCACGCUCACAAUCUCUCUCACUUACUCUUUCACACUCUCUCUCUCUCUCAUGCUCAUAUUCACUCACUUUCACUCUCUAUCUUAUACUCACUAACUCUCUCACUAACUCUCUCACUCAUUAACUCACUUACUCUCUCGCUCACUCACACGCUCACAAACACUCUCACUAACUCUCACUAACACACUCACUCUCUCACUCAUUCUUUCACUCUCAUCCAUACUCACACACUCACUUUCACUCACUCUCACAUACUUUCACAGUCACUCACUUUCACUCCCACUCACUCACACUCAGUUACUCACUUUCACACACUCACUUUCACUUACUCACUCUUUCUCACUCACUCACCCACUCACUUUCACUCACUCUCACUCAUUUUUAAAAUUAGUUUACUUAUGGUUGGUUUGGAUCCUCCUGCUUGGUCUCCUGCCUUCUCUCUUCAGCCUGUCAGCCUGAGCCGACGCUGUGUGCUGGAGAUGUUUAUCUCCCACACUGUCGGCUCUUAUUGCUGACAGGCUCCGCGUUACUACAGAACACAGGAGGCGCGUUCACAGUGCCUCCUGUGUCCUAAUAGCACGUUUGAUGUCUUCAGCUAAGCGUGAAGACGUCAAACGUGAGUCCUGUGCGUCAGGCAGGACUUGACUCGGCAGUUCCUAUGGUGGCCGUCUGAGUAACUGCCACUGGAGGUGUUCCUAGGUUCUAAUGUAAACACUGUAUUUUCUCUGCAAAUACCGUGUUUACAUGAAAAAGCCUGCAGGGAGCUGUUGUACUCACCUGAACAACCCUAUUAAGCUGAAGUUGUUCAAGUGACUAUAGUGUCCCUUUAAGAAUGACUAGCACAUUAGUGGUGUAAAAGGAGUAAAGUUCAGCUGCUACAAUUAUAAUUAUGUAUGCUUCUAUAAUAGCCAUAUAAAGUGUUUGAUACUGUGAUUCUGUGGGGGACAAAUUCUACAGAAAUGCGGGCCAUAAACAUUGCAUGGAGUACUGUAACUAGUGUGAACUGAAAAGCCAUUCAAUUAACAAUAACUGAACUCAUUUUCAUUGAAACAAAAUGGUGCGUGGCACUAAUGGAACUACUCCAUUCCUUAGAAACGUCUUGACCCGAGACUCUCAUUCAUCUGUGGGGCAACAAAGGGGAUACUAGGAUGUCCCUUUCUACUUUUUUUUAAUGCAAUAGACCCUACCCUCUGGCCAUGAGUUUGAGUCCAGGGAAUGGACAGUGAUUUUUUUACAAAAUCUAUAUAUGGUUUCAAAGAAACACAAGGCAACAAAUAGUCCCACAAAUUGUGACAAUACUUGAACAGCUGUGAGGCUAGACAGCUUGGCAUUAUUUCCCAUCAUUCCCACUCAUCCUCCCCCCUCACCGCAUGCCACCAAUUUUUUUCUUCUUUUUGUCCUCUUCAUCAUCUUCUCUUCUCUAUCUUUCCUUACUCCUCACAGACUCUCUUCCCAGUCUCCUACUUUCAAAACAUCCCCCUUACUUGGGAAUUAAACUGCAUGGCUAAUUUGCAUCCACCUUCAUUGGCAGGUGUCGAACAGAACAUCACAGCUAAGACUGCAUAGCUAUACAGCACAAAUUUUGUCUUACGUGUCUACUGUAUCUACCAUCUACUGGAUUUCCUUAAUUACGUUUUAAAUAUGUCUUGUUUUCUGUCAUAACUGAUUAAAUCUUGAAAAUAAAGAUUGAAGUAAACCACCCAUGGACAAAUGGUAUCCAUAAAGAAAAGUAGACAUAAAUCAAAGCAUGUAAACAGGUAAUACAGGAUCGAAUCAGCAUCAUACAUCAUGAGUUUGACAAAACUGGAAUCUGUGACUGGACAGCUGUUCAGGAACCCCUUAUAUUCAAAUCCAACGGACACAUAUGCAGAAUCAGUGACCCUUUAUUACAUUCUCUAAUGUUACAGAAGAUAUAAAGUAUUCAUGAAACUAUUAUUUUUAUUGUACAGGGAAAUCUAAAAUGGAAGAGGACUUACAUUGUCCUGGCUCUGGCCAUAUUUGCAGUAUUUGGCAGUUUGACGUUUGGUUUUCCUGGUUCUGGAGGCCUAUGUACACUAGUUAUGGCAUUUCUAGCAGGCAUUGGAUGGUCGGCUAAUAAGGUAAUUAUAAGCUGUAUAGUCUGGACUACCCUCCAAAGUGUUUACAACAAGCAUUGAACAGAUUUAAUUAUUUUACAUUAAAAUAUAACUUUUUUUUAACAUUCUACUUCUACAUACACCAUUUAUUUGUAUUAGUGUUUAUCUUCAUUAGGGUGUUAUAUUUCUUGUAGACUGUUGUUGAAGAUGCAAUUUCAGUUGCUUGGGACAUCUUUCAACCACUGCUUUUCGGUCUGAUUGGUGCAGAAAUAUCUGUUGCAUCUCUGAAACCUGAGACUGUUGGUAAGUUGUAAUUUGGGUUUCCUAACACUCGUCUUAAUGCCUCAGGUAGGAAAAAGGCAGUCAUGGUAUAAGAGACUAAUAAUAAAUACAAAACCAAUAAGUUAACGUUUAUGCUCUGAUAUACACAAAGCACCUAAGGUUAGAAGUGUUCCCUUAAAGACACUCAAAAUACAAUAGUUACAAAGGAAAAACAAAAAACAAAGGAAAGAGUUGUGUAAUUCAUCAUAAAGUGAUAAUAAAUGGUACAAACUUUGUAAUAUAUAAACAAAAUAAAGUGUCAGCGCUAUACUUGAAAACCUAAUUUAGGUGAUCACUCUCAAUCUGAAGUAAAACACUUAUAAAUGCGGAUUCAUUGAAAUACUUCCAAGUGCAAUAAAAUAAAAUACAAUAAAACAGACCACCAUAAGUGUAGUACUCAUAUAAUCAUAAAAAGUCUUGCUAUAAAGGAACAGGCCUAUACUUUCCGAAUAGAGAAUGGAACGCCCACAGCAAACCCUACAGCACACCCCGGUAACCCCAACGGCGACGGCUACGGGGGACUACCCCACACCUCCCCACACAACCCAGAAAUCUAAACACUGAAAGCAAGCCGACAACAAACAACUACCAACUCCAUCCCAGAGAACAGAACCCUACACCCCAUAACCCUACACCCUACCCUUCCACCACAUGCCCCGAGAGCACGAUACGGACACCUGACACCGUGAAGCACAGGCAGAACCCACACACGCUCCCACCCUUGAAUAACCGAGGUACACGAUGAUGGGCCACCAAUGGCACAUAAGAAAGGAACAGCAUGCACAAAACCACAACGCACAGGGAUCUCGGCCACAACCGUAUAGAGCACCAUACACACCCCACCAAAUAUCACCCCCACUCUCUCUUUUCUGCACCGCCCUCGGUCAACAUCAACAAUCAACGAAAAGCCAUAACCAAAUAUUAACACUACGAAACCCCCCCACACACACACACCAGGCCCAACCUACGACCGUUCACCUUCAAAACGCACCGCGCAGCAGGUGUAGUGAGUAUCCAACUAAGCUAUCCCCACUGUUAAUCCUUGAUAAAUGCCAAAAUCCUGAAAUUUGUUACCACUGUAUAACAAAAUGUGACUUAUUGCUAGCUCUUAUAUGUACUCACCGAACAGACUACUGUAUGAUGUGCAUUGUACUUGAGACUGCAUGAUUUCUCAACCCUUAAACUCUUCCUUUCUGUACCCCCACCCCCCCACGAAACAAAAAUCUUAAAAGAAUUUAUUAAAAAAAAAAAAAGUCUUGCUAUAGGGUCCAAUAAAUCUUGGGUGAUAAUCUUUUACAGGGUUAAGAUUAGUCUUGCAGCUAUGUCACAGCAUCUGUAGAUACAUUGUUGCACUGUGGGUUUUUAACCUUUAAAUGAUACAAAAAGACCUAUCAUAGCGUAAUACUGCAAUUUAAUCAAGUUAUCAUACAAAAUCCUUCCCCCAAAUUAAAGACCCUUACAUCAGCAAGUUGUGGUACUCGUUUCCAAGAUACCACGAUAUAAACUUUAAAAUACACAGAGGUUUGGCAGCCGUUACCAUCCAUGCACACUCCCACCUGAUCUCAUCGCUGAUUAAAUGAAUAUUCAAACGGAGUGGAGGCUGUGGCUGGCAAACGAUGCUGACCGUUAGACAUGCAUCCACCUCUGGCAGCAGGAAGCUGUUCACACUUCGACGUGUUUCGCCGACAAUACCAGGCUUUCUCAAGAUAGUGUAACAGUUCAUUGGGGCAUGCUUAUAUAUGCUCCUGUCUAGUUAAUUAGUAAACAUCUGUUUGUUUGUUUAAUUAUUCAGUAAAGGGUGUUGUCUAUAUCUGAACAUUCUUGGUCCACAGACAAAACUCAAUUAAAGGACCACUAUAGUGCCAGAAAAACAUACUCGUUUUCCUGGCGCUAUAGUUCCCUGAGGGUGCCCCCACCCUCAGGGUCCCCCUCCUGCCGGGCUCUGGGGAGAGGAAGGGGGUUAAACUUACCUCUUUCUCCAGCGCCGGGCGGGGAGCUCUCCUCCUCCAUAGCGAUGUCAUCGGCUGAAUGCGCAUGCGCGGCAGGAGCCGCGCGUGCAUUCAGCCAGUUCAUAGGAAAGCAUUUACAAUACUUUCCUAUGGACGCUGGCGUCUUCUCACUGUGAUUUUCACAGUGAGAAGCACUCAAGCGCCUCUAGCAGCUGUCAAGAGACAGCCACUAGAGGCUGGAUUAACCAUAUUAUAAACAUAGCAGUUUAUCUGAAACUGCUAUGUUUAUUAAAAAAAAAAGGUUAAUCCUAGAGGGACCUGGCACCCAGACCACUUCAUUUAGCUGAAGUGGUCUGGGUGCCUAUAGUGGUCCUUUAACCAUUUCAAUCAUGCUAAAAUAAAUCCUAAACAUUAUAACCAUAAUGUCAGUUUACGAAUACAAAGAUCCUAUGGGGCAUGAAAGAUAAAUACAAUUAUAAUAAAAAUUGUUCAAUGCAAAAUAGACAAUAAAUACUUGGCUGGAAACUAAAAAAGUGUGUGUGUGUGUGUGUGUGUGUGUGUGUGUGUGUGUGUAUAUAUAUAUAUAUAUAUAUAUAUAUAUAUAUAUAUAUAUAUAUAUAUAUAUAUAUAUAUAUAUAUAUAUAUAUAUAUAUAUAUAUCUAUAUCUCAAAAAUGCUGAAAGGAAGAAAGAAAUAUAGACAUAUAGUUUCCUUAUAUUAAGAACCUUUAUUAUAUUAAGAAAUUGAGGAGUGAUCACUAAGGAGUACUCUCUGGUAGAUUAAUGGAGUAAUACAUCAACAUGGAUUCUUGUCUAAAAUAUUUAAAAACAUACCAAAUAUAUAUGUUAUAUGUGAAUAUUAAAAUUGUAAUAAAGAUUCAUGCUGAAAAGCAUCAAAUCUUAUAUAUCUUAAAACAAAGUGACUUAAAUAAAGAUAAAAAAUGGACCAAACCAACUUUGUUUCUUUUUGGACAUGGCUCACUAUAAGUGUUAAGAAACUCCACCAUGAGCGUCAUAUAUAGGAGCUAAUUAUAUAAUAUUUACAAGUUCAAGAUCUACAUUCAUUCCUGACGGAGCCAAAGUUUUCAAUCUAUAAAUCCAGUACAUUUCCUGAUCAGUUUUUUUUUUUGCUAAUUCUCAUCCUCUCAUGGCAAUAUUGACCUUCUCAAUCCCACAAAAUUCUAAACACUGGCAUGAUGCUCCAUAAAAUGCCUGGAUACUGAAUGUUUACCAAAUUUCCUUUUAAUAUUGUAAAUGUGCUCAUUAAGUCUUAUUUUUAACAUCCUCUUGGUUUGUCCUACAUACUGUAACCCACAUGGGCAGCUUAAAAGGUACACAACUUACUUCAAGUUGCAAGUAAUGCAUUCUUUAAUAUUAAAAGAUUGUUUGGUAACUGAGGAUUGAAAGUUGGCGACUUUUUUAUUGUAGAGAGAACCGGUCGCUUUACAUAUGCUGCAGUUCCCACAUUUGUAGAAGCCCUUUUCUGAAUUAAGAAAAUGUUUUUGAGGUUUAGGUGGUCUAAAGCUGUGUACCAGUUGAUUUUUUUUUUUAUGGUCGGUGCUCCCCUAAAUAUAAUUCUAUACAUAUCAUCGAUAGCAUAUAGUUCAUCACUUUAUAUAUGCCUAAAUUCCAAGAUAUAACCUAUCUUAUAUAGUUCAUGUAUCUUAAAUUAUAUACAGUAAAUUACAGUAAUAACUAAUAUACAUAUUCACAAAAUAUUUUCUCCUCUCUCCUUUCUUUCCCCUUCUCCCUCCCUCUCCUCUUCUUUAUCCUUUUACUUUUCUUCUAAAAUAGCCCUUAUAUUAUCUACAUUGCUUUAACCACUAAUAGUGACAGUUAUCACUCUAAAGAAUAUCCCCUUACCAAUCAUGCCAAAAAAAAAACAAAACAGAAAAGCAGGGUAGGGGAAGAGUGUUAACCUAGCCUAAUUUAUAAAAUUAUUUUCUUCCAUAACUAAUUAAAUGAUUAAAUGAAAUCAUCUAUAUGUUGAUUAUAGUCAGCAAAAUGUAUUCCGUAUAGAGGCCUCUAGGUUUAUCUAAAUAUUCCGGAGUUUAAUUAGUAUGUGAUAGUAAAUAUAUCCGCCACAUUUGGUCUAUACCAGGGCUCGAUUUCCCUAUUUUCAUUUGAUUCAACAUUAACAAUUCAUGUUCCACUGUUGAGGUCAUUAAUUCUUCAAUUUCUCGUCGAGAAGGUAAAACCUUGGUCUUCCAUUGUCUAGCAAUUAAUAUAGAUGCUGUACUUAAUAAGAGAAAAAUCAUUUUCUUGAUUAAUUUUGGUAAAUUACUUGGAAGUAGUCGUAACAAUAUAAUUUUAGGAUCUUGGGAUAGUUCAAUAUUUGUCACAUGUUUUAUCAUCUUAAUAACAUCAUUCCAUAAGGAAUUAACUGCUUCGCAUGACCACCAAACAUGUAACAUAGUACCUUUAGCUUUAUGACAUCUCCAGCACUGGUUUGACGUUAAGGGGAACAUAGAAUUUAAGCGUGUUGGUACUAAGUACCACCUAUAGAGAAUUUUCCGUGCUACCUCAAGAAGUGACCUUGUUUGGUUGUUUUUCCUUCCCUUUUUUUUUCUUUCUGUAUCCCUUAUUAUUUGAAAAAGAUAAAAUAAAAGAGUAAAUAAAAAAAAAUAUAUAUAAUUCUAGGGUGAUCCGGUAAAAAAGUAGCCAAAGUGGGAUCUUUCUUAUAAAGAUGCUAAUGUUUCGUGAUGGAAUUGCGAUUGACUACUGUAAUUGAAAAUUAUAGGACAAUUAAAACUGUCGUCCUGUAGCCUAUCUCUCUUAGUUGUAUUCAGGAGCAUGUGUCUCUCUAUAUUAUCAACUCUUAUCAUGGAUUGUCGUAGGAGCUCUGGUUCAUAUUCCUUUUCUAGAAAUUGAGUCUUAACCUUUUCCAGUUGUUUCUUGUAUAUUUCAGGGUCUGAACAGUUUUUCUUUAUGCAUUUGAACUGUCCAUAUGGUACGUUAGUCAACCAUGGUGGAUGGUGACAGCUGGACCUUAGAAUGAAGCUGUUAACGUCAACAACCUUAAAAAAGAUCUUACAUUGUAAGCUUUGUUCUUCCACAUAUAGAACUAGAUCUAAAAAGUCAACACUAGUUGCACUGAAUUUCGAAGUAAAAGCUAAAUUAAAUAAAUUGGUAUUCAUUUAUUCUAAAAAUAGGAUGAGUUCUUUCUCCUUCCCAAAUAAAAAAACAAUCAUCGAUGUACCACUUAUAGAGGACCAGGUUCGCAACCCAGGGGUGACCCUGCCAUAUAUAGAAAUCUUCCCAGUAGGCCAUGAAGAUAUUAGCCUAACUGGGUGCGAACCUGGUCCCCAUAGCACUACCUGUGAUUUGGAGGUAAACCUCAUCAUUGUGCCAAAAAUAAUUAUGGGAAAGAAUAAAAUGAAUACAUUCAACUAAAAACUCUAUUUGUUCCAUUUGUAGCUCCGAAGUCUUGUAUAAAGUGUGUCUGACUGCCCUUAAUCCUAAUUCAUGUUGUGUAACUGUAUAUAGUGAGGUUACGUCACAAGUGACCAGCCUAUAUGUAUUCUUCCAAGGUAUGCCCUCUAGUGUUCGAAGUAGUUCACUACUAUCCCUUAAAUUGUAUUUGGUCCCCUUAACUGAUGGCUGCAGUAGUGUAUCUAUAUACUGGGACAGAUUUGAAGUUAGAGACCCGAUCCCCGAAAUGAUUGGUCUCCCUGGUGGUUCAGUUGUGUGCUUAUGAACCUUUGGAAGAAAGUAAAAACAGCUUUCCUGGGAUAUGUAUUUAAAACAAAAUCGUAUUCCUUCUUUGUCAAAAUUCCCACCUGUCUCCCCUUAUCCAAAAGAGUAGUUAAAUCUCUCUGGAAGUCUGAAGUUGGAUCUCUAUUUAGUAACUCAUAAGUUUUCUUAUCUAAUAGAAUCCUUAGGCACUCUUUUUCGUAAUAUUCCAAGCUCAUCAAAACAAUAUCCCCUUAUCUGCGGGUUUAAUAAUAAUAUCCCCAUUGUCGCUCAGUUCCUUUAAUGCUUUUUUCUCUUGCAAUGUCAAAUUUUGAUGUCUAUUUGGGAUUCUAGUUGGAAUUUUCUCCAACUCUUCCAAUACUGCCAUGUUAAAGGCAUUCAUAUAUGCACUUAAUGGAUUUGGAGGACAUAAUUUGGAUUUAUGUUUAAGGGCUGUGUGGGUAAAAGGGCUGUGUGGGUAAAAAGGCUAUCCUGUUGAGUAAUUGGUUUAUCGAAAGGCUUGCUACUAAAAUAGCGUUUUAAAUUUAAUGUUCUCAUAAACUUCUGGACAUCUAGAAAGUUCUUAAAGGGAUCUGAUCUAAUAGCCGGAGCAAAUUUUAAUCCCUUAUUGAGGAGUUUAAUUUGGUCAGAUGUUAAUUUAAUAUUUGUUAAAUUAAAAAGUCCCAUGGGUUCUACCAUUUGGUUCUUUUUUCUUUUCUGGAUUCCUCUACCUCCCCUACAUUCUCUCUGUAUGGUCUUUUGUAUCGUUCCUUUGUUUUCACGCUUUGGAGUUGAUGACUCAUAAACAGAUAGCGAGGUCCUAAAAAAAUCUUUCCCCUCAGUCUGGUUAUUAUGGGCUUUAGAUUUAUUAUGUACAAUGUCUUCUGUGUGCCUCAAAGCCUCAAAUCUAUUGGGGACCUGGUUUAUAUUGGUAUGUUUUCUUGGUUCUGGUGUAUAGGGUUUGGGUUUGAAAUGGGGAGUAUUCUUCCGUCUUUUGUAAGUGACUAGCGUCCAACUAUUUUCUCUAGGUGUUCUAGGUGUCCUAAAUUGAACCCUUUCUUUGUAAUGGUGAUCCGUCUUAGAUCCUUCAUUUGUCUUAGUUAAUUUAUACUCUCUCUUAUCCCUAAUACCCCUGCGUAUAGCCUGGGUGGUAUGGAAGGAAUUCUUACGUGGUUGUUCCUUUCUAUGGUAAUUCCUCACUCUGUUCUCUUGAAAAUCCUGUUGAUCCCUUUCAAAUUUCCUUUUUUUAAUAUUAAUAGUCUCCUCAAAAGUUUUCAAGGUUAAAAGCCCACAGUGCAACAAUGUAUCUACAGAUGCUGUGAUUUAGCUGCAAGACUAAUCCUAACCCGGUAAAGGAUUAUCACCCAAGAUUUAUUGGACCCUAUAGCAAGACCUUUUAUGAUUAUUUGAGUACUACACUUAUGGUGGUCUGUUUUAUUGUAUUUUAUUUUAUUGCACUUGGAAGUAUUUCCAUAAAUCCGCAUUUAUAAGUGUUUUACUUCAGAAUGAGAGUGAUCACCUAAAUUAGAUUUUCAAGUAUAGCGCUGACACUUUAUUUUGUUUAUAUAUUAUGUGUAAAGUUUUUAAGGAUCUUUAUAUGUGUAUAGCUGCUGAGUUUACUCAGGUUCUUAUUUAUAUUUAGUUUUAUUUACUUUUAAGAUCUGCGCUCUCCUAUUUUGUCUAGAUCUACAAACUUUGUAAUAGUAUGGUUUACCAUAGACACUGUGUGUCACGUCAAGGGUGUAUAAUUUAUUAUUACACUAUGGAAUAUCAUCCUUUAAUGUAAUUUGUGUAGUAAAUGGCACAAAUUACAGAGAUGCUAUUGCUGAGGUCAACAGGGAUUACAUCUUUUGAAGCUGGGACCCCCACAGAGGUCAGAUGACAGAAGGGGAUAGGAAUAGGAUAGGAAUGUGAAAAGGAUUUUACUAUUUGGAUGUGAAGUAAUCAAGGCUCUGCAAGGUGUGAGGUUCUACACUUGGAAAAAGUCUGAAUGCCUCUUCAUCCAUUUGGUAUGUACCUUGUAAAGGAUAGUUAAAUCCUUUGAUAUGGUAAUGGGAUUAGUUUCAUGAAGAUCCUUGUGUUCCAGUAUCUUAUCCAAAUGAAACAUUAAUACUUACCCACAGGUUAAUAAUUAAGCCUAAUUUUUAUUAUAUUUGUAAUGGGACAAGCCCAAUCUCUUAAUUAAGCCUAAACAUGAGUUGCACAACUUAAACCGUGUGGCAGGAAUUGUGAUGUCCGUCCUAUUGGAUCGUGGGCGGGGCAUGCAACCUUUUUUAUGGAAUGGGAAAACAAUAACAAAUUCAUAGAGGCAAUUAUUAUUUCUGUGGCAAGUACAGUAGAGGAGAUAAAACCAAAAGUUUAUAUGUGGCUUGUUGUUUUCUGGAACAAAGGAGUUGGUCACUUAGUAUCUCUAUAGGUAUGCCUUUGCUCCACCCCUGGGUGAGGCGUGGUAAUUUACAGGGUAUAUCUCCUGUGAUCCUGAAAGGUGCUGGUGUACUUGCUUGGGGCCAAGAUCUAAUUUUGAGUGAGUCACCAUCAUCCUUCCUUGCCAGAGACCCCCUGGACAGAAGUUGUACUUUGAAAACCUAAUUAGGACUUCUGUAUUUUAUCCUUUUUGUUUUUAUCUGUUGUUGGUGUAAAUAAUUUGUUUAUCAUAUAUUGUUAUAUGCACUGUGAUUAUUUUUUUUUCUCAUAAUAAACAUUCAUUUAUUAAGUUCUGCCUUUGUCUGGUUAAGAAUCACGUUACCUGAAGAGACUAGUUAGUAUUUUUGUAAUUCCUUGAAUAUUGUAAGUAAUAUUUGGUGGGUUUUAUUGUUGAUUUUACCUGGGGGACCAAGGCACCCCAUUUAUAAAUUAUCUUGGUGGUGGCAGCGUUAAAAUAGUAAUAUUUAUAUUAUUAUGUUUAAGUGUGGGUGGUGUUAAAGGGGGAUUUUGUCAUUAUUUCCGGUCUAGUGCAGACAAAUAGUGAACUUUAACCCUUUCACAACCACAACUACGUCACGCACACUCUUGGAGUAGGGUGCGUUCGUGACACUGUGUAUCGAUAUAAUAGCUGGUACGAUCUACCAUGAGUACAUAUCUAUUGGGAAAAAUAUAAUAUAGUACAAUUAACAUAAGUUGGGGGUGGAGGUGGUAGAAAACUCACAAGAUAUAGAUGUAUUCAGGCAUAUCUCCCUUAAUAUUAGGGUAGUAGUGAAGUUGUGGAAGACCUCCAGUGAUGGAAUUCGGGAUAUGUGAUAGAUCUUCUUGGCCACUCAAAUCAAAGAAGAAGAUAGAUAGUGCAGAUUGUAUAAAAAGUAUAACAAUUUAUUGUAUAUAUUGCACUUACAAUGUUUCAGAGAAAAAAAAGCAUGUCUCCACACCAAGGUGGUAUCCACGUGUUCCAGUAGGUAAAGUCACAGCAACGAUUCCAAACAGCAACAACAGGGUAAGAUAAAUAAAAAGUUCAUAUGAACAAAAUAACUAAAUCCAACGCGUUUCCUCCUCUUCUGGACUUCCUCAGGUAUGUAUAGAUCACCAGGUUCCGCUUUUAUAUUAGCCAGGUAACGGGUGUUAUUGACGGCAGCUGCUGGCGUGUGUUCCACUGUGGAACAUACGGACCAAUCGAAAAAUAAUGUUGCCGAUAUGAAUGGCAACAUAGUGUUAACUAAUUCCAACAGAACCAAUUGCAAAGAAAGGCUCAUAUUUGGCUCAAGCAUAUAAUACAGCGAUCCAAUACAAUCACAUACAAUGGCAGUAUAUUAGGAGCUGGGCAUGUCAGCAGAAAAUGCUUGUUAUUUAUAGACUGAUAUACAUUUAUAUUUGUUCUAAAAAGCAUACAUGUCUGAGAUACAUUGAAAUCAACAAAAUGAUAUAGAAAUAUAUAUCAAAUUGCAUGUACAAAAAAUAAAUAAAAAAAAUGUAAAAUAAAAAAUAAAUAAAAUGUGAGAUAUAAAAAAUGGCUAAAUAUAUAUAUAUAUAUCGAAUGGUCCGUAUGUUCGUAAUACAGGAAGUGACAUCAUAUGCGAAAGUAAUGAAUGCGUUCCACUGCGGAAAGCACGCCAGCAGCUGCCGUCAAUAACACCCGUUACCUGGCUGAUAUAAAGCGGAACCUGGUCGGAUUGGAUCUAUACAUCCCUGACUAAGUCCAGAAGAGGAGGAAACACGUUGGAUUUAGUUAUUUUAUUUUACCCUGUUGUUGCUGUGAUUUUACCUGCUGGAACACGUGGUUACCACCUUGGUGUGUAGACAUGCUGUUUUUUUGCAAUAUAUAUAAUAACUUGUUAUACUUUUUAUACAAUCUGCACUAUCUAUCUUCUUUGAUUUGAGUGGCCAAGAAGAUCUUUCACAUAUCCAGAAUUCCAUCACUGGAGGUCUUCCACAACUUCACUACUACCCUAAUAUUAAGGGAGAUAUGCCUGAAUACAUCUAUAUCUUCUGAGUUUUCUACCAUCCCCCCCACCCGUACACACACUUAUGUUAAUUGUACUACACUAUUUUUAUAUUUUUCCCAAUAGAUAUGUACUCAUGGUAGAUCCUACCAGCUAUUAUAUCGAUACACGGUGUCUAUGGUAAACCAUACUAUUAUAAAGUUUGUACCAUUUAUUAUUAUCACUUUAUGAUGAAUUACACAACUCUUUCCUUUGUUUUUUUUUCCUUUGUAACUAUGGUAUAAGAGACUUGCUUAUUUCCUCUGUCUAACAUGCAAAGAGGUUUAAUGGGAUAUAUAACUAAUAUAUUGUGUCAAAUGAAUUCAGUUGUAUCCAAUAUAGAUCCAGUAACAUUUCAUGUUUUAUUUCAGGGUUAUGUGUGGCCACACUUGUCAUAUCUUUGGCAAUUCGUGUAUGCGCAACAUAUUUAAUGGUAUGCUGUGCUGGAUUUAAUUUAAAGGAAAAAAUAUUCAUCUCACUGGCUUGGAUUCCUAAAGCAACAGUACAGGUAAGCUUCAAAUUCAAAAUAAUGCAAUGCAUAAUUAGUUUUAUUUGGUAAUGCAAAAUGCAUAAAAUUGUUAUACUGACGGUAAAGUAUCUCUAGGUGGUUUAUUCUGUAAACAGUGAUUUUCCAAGUAAAAUGUAAUACAAACACAGAAAAUGUGCCUAUUUGGGCUUAAAGGAGCACUCAAAACAUCUAAAGCACUUUACAUUGUUGAAGAGCUUUAUGUGUAAAGAGUGUGUCCUCUUUUUUCCAUUUUAUCAAAAGGGGAGAUUUCAAUAGAAAUUGGCACUUUUAUACAUUAACCUUGUUGCACCCCCUGGCUGUCAGUGAAACAGCUAGUCCUGUUACUUCCUGGUUUGGUUAGCUCAGAGGAGCUAAAUUUAAGAAGCAGCAAUUGCCCAGAGCACCUACCUUGCAAAGAUUUCUCAUUGACCUGCAUUGGGAAGUCUGUGAUUGAACAGUCACAUAUAGUCUGGGCUGGGUGAGAAGGGUAUGGCUUGCCAAAGCAGCUGACAUGAGAACUGCAGGGUUUGCAAGCUUUUUUUAAUAUACCCUCAAUGAAAAGAAUGCAUAAUUAAAUGCUUGCAUGCUUUACUGUCCCCUAGACAGUGAUUGUUUUAUGUUAUUUUUGUUUUGCAUUUGGGCAGUGGCGUGUGUUGAAAUUGUUUAUUUUAUGGCUCAGCUUGCAGUAGAAGCCUACAGUGUGUUUACUUUGCCCACUAAUUGUAUUGUCUGGAUGUCUUUAAUUUUUGAGAAUAUUCUCACUGUCAUUAUGUAUGAGGACAUAAUGAAAUUAGCAAUAUUAGAGUUGUAUUUUCAUUAUAAAGGUGGAUUGAAUGUAGACUUACAUACCACUAACACAUGAUUUGUCUAUGAUUGACCUGCUAGCUUCAGAAGCUAAAGGCAGAUGUAGUUUUAAAAUAUCUGGAGAACAUCAGUGGCACAGCUGGGGUGGGCUGAUUCAGGCUAGAACCCCAAGUUGGCCUCCGAAAAGCACUGCAUCUCCAAAGUGCCAUAUAUAUGUAUCAGCCAUGAGUCCCAAGAUCCUGAGGCGACUCAGAGACUCUAGGCUAUGCACAGGCUAGAACCCUAAGUUGGCCUCCUCUCUUUUCAGGCCACGUUUAAUUCAUUCUGUGAGUUUGCGGUAGUUCAGAGUGUUACUAUGAGUCCGUAGCUCACAAGAGCCAUUACAUGAUGCUUGCAGAGACCAGAAACUCUCCACACCGAACCACCAGGAAUCUGAAUUAUGUCCCUCUUCCUGCCGGAGGGAGGGUAGAAUAAACUUGAAACCAGAGUACUUGAAAACCAGAGUAAUCUGAAUGUACCUUUCCUGGUUAAUUACAAUUAUUAUUAUUAUUAGUAUUAUUAUUAUAUAAAAAUAAAUAAAUGUUUUAAACAACACAUUCCUUACACACACUGCAUACCCAAUCUCAUAAUACACAAUACUUUUCUUACACACACACACACACACACACACACACACACACACACACACACACACACUCUACCUGCCCUAAACACUAGGCAUCACCAGCAAAAAUACAUAAUAAUAAAGUCUAUUGUAAUAAAUGCAUUGCAACUGCUGUUUUCUGUAAUUCCUGUUGUAUCACAUAGGCUGCAAUAGGGUCAGUAGCCCUCGACACAGCAAGGACAAAUGGAAAACUAGAGUAUGAAGAAUUUGGUAUGGAUGUCCUCACGGCAGCGUUUUUGUCGAUACUGAUUACCGCACCAAUAGGAGCAGUCAUCAUUGGCCUGACAGGACCCAAAAUGCUACAAAAAGCAACUGAUGAAGAUAAAGAACAAAGAACCACGAUAGGAGAAUCUAUUAUUGUCUGAAAAGCAGCAGUUCCUCCAUGCAGGUUGUGGAGGGUCAGGAGAAGUGACUCCUUGACUAUUUUUCUAUAUAGGCAUUACACUGGUUUGGAAUGCCAUAGAUAUAAAUUCAAAUAGCUGGUAUUUUAGCAUAAAGCCACAUUUGUUUAAUUUUGAAACAGCUUUAUUGUAUUUAUGGAACAUGACUGGGAGGACAUAAAAUAAAAAGGGUUACAAAGCUAAAAACUAAAUAUAGCACUUGGAAAUUGUUUGCUGGUUUGUACACACAAAGGAAAUACCACGUUCAACAAUAUUUUUCAAAAUGGAUCUAAUGUGUAUUAAUGUAAACACACUGAUAAAAAAAAAUUAUUUAUAUAUUAAAAUUAUAUAGACUAUAUACAUAUACUGUAUAUUCAGAGUUUAAGGUUGUUUACGCAUUACAAAUAUUGUUCAUCAAAGAUUUACACUAUUACAUGGUACAAUCUGCGUUGUAAGUACAGCCGGUUUAGGUAAACAAAACCAAAAAUAAAAUUCUCUACAAGUUGAAAACCUAAAUAGUUUAUUACUGAGAACAUACACCAGUUCCUCCAUGCAGGUUGUGGAGGGUCGGGAGAAAUUCAAAUAGAAAUUCAAAUAGCUGGUAUUUUAGCAUAAAGCCACAUUUGUUUAAUUUUGAAACGGUUUUAUUGUUUAUUACUCAGAACAUACACCAACGUUCCUACAGUAGAGUUGAAGCUGUUUUAUUAACACCAAUUAUAAAUGUAUUGAUGGUUUAAUGAGAGUGGAUGAAAUAAAUUGUAUAAGUUGUUAAAGAGACUUUUUAGCCUAGAGUUUGAUGCGGUUUUUAAAAUACAUUAAAUUUUUUUUUUUAAAUGAUGCUCUCCCAUACAAAGUACAGUGCCUUGCAAAAGUAUUUUACCCCCUUGACUUUACCUGUUUUGUUACAUUACAGCUCUACGUUAAAUGUUUUAAUAAUCUGAAUUUUAUGUGAUUGAUCAGAACACAAUAGUCUAAGUUGGUGAAGUGAAAUGAGAACAAUAUAUACAUAAAACUAUUUUUUAGAAAUAGAAAACAAAAUUGGCAUGUGCGUAUGUAUUCACCCCUUUUGUUAUGAAGCCCAUAAAAGCUCUGGUGCAACCAAUUUCCUUCAGAAGUCACAUAAUUAGUGAAAUGAUGUCCACCUGUGUGCAGUCUAAGUGUCACAUGAUCUGUCAUUACAUAUACAUACCUUUUUUGAAAGACAUAAGCAAGAGGCACCACUAACCCAAACACUGCCAUGAAGACCAAGGAAUUCUCCAAAAAAGUAAGGGACAAUGUUGUUGAGAAGUACAAGUCAGGGUUAGGUUAUAAAAAAAAUAUCCAAAUCUUUGAUGAUCCCCAGGAGCACGAUCAAAUCUAUCAUAACCAAAUGGAAAGAAAAUGGCACAGCAGCAAACCUGCCAAGAGACGGCCGCCACCAAAACUCACGGACUGGGCAAGGAGGGCAUUAGUCAGAGGGGCAGCACAGAAACCUUAAGGUAACCCUGGAGGAGCUGCAGAGUUCCACAGCAGAGACUGUACGGCUUUACGGCAGAGUGGCCAGAAGAAAGCCAUUACUUUCAGCAAAAAACAAAAUGGCACAUUUUGAAUUUGUGAAAAGGCAUGUGGGAGACUCCCAAAAUGUAUGGAGGAAGGUGCUUUGGUCUGAUGAGACUAAAAUUGAACUUUUCGGCCAUCAAAGAAAAAGCUAUGUCUGGCACAAACCCAACACAUCACAUCACAUCACAUCACACCACACAUAUAACACCAUCCCCACAGUGAAACAUGGUGGUGGCAGCAUCAUGCUGUGGGGAUGUUUUUAAGCAACCGGGACUGAGAAACUGGUCAGAGUUGAGGCAAAGAUGGAUGGUGCUAAAUACAGGGAUUUUCUUGAGCAAAACCUGUACCACUUUAUGUGAUUUGAGGCCAGGACGGAGGUUCACCUGCCAGCAGGACAAUGACCCCAAAAACACUGCUAAAGCAACACUUGAGUGGUUUAAGGGGAAACAUGUAAAUGUGUUGGAAUGGCCUAGUCAAAGCCCAGACCUCAAUCCAAUAGAAAAUCUGUGGUCAGACUUAAAGAUUGCUGUUCACAAGUGCAAACCAUCCAACUUGAAAGAGCUGGAGCAGUUUUGCAAGGAGAAAUGGGCAAAAAUCCCAGUGGUAAGAUGUGGCAAGCUCAUAGAGACUUAUCCAAAGCUACUUGGAGCUGUGAUUGCCGCAAAAGGUGGCUCUACAAAGUAUUGACUUUAGGGGGGUGAAUAGUUAUGCACAUUGACUUUUUCUGUUAUUUUGUCCUAUUUGUUGUUUGCUUCACAAUUAAAAAAAGUUGUGGGCAUGUUCUGUAAAUUAAAUGAUGCAAAUCCUCAAACAAUCCAUGUUAAUUCCAGGUUGUGAGGCAACAAAACACGAAAAAUGCCAAGGGGAGUGAAUACUUUUGCAAGGCACUGUAAUGAGAAAGCACAGAGCAUUGGCAACCAAAAUAGCUCAAGAUUUCUCACAAGGUAAAUCGUAAUGCAUUCUCAUAGAAAGCAUCUGGUGAAGUGCAGUCAUUUUAAAUGCUAAUACAAUACAAUUGCCUUUAGCAGUCCAUUUUCUGUUGGAAAUAGAACCUAAAGCUACAGAAUUUAUUUUUCUUAAUGAAUUGGACAACUCCCGGCACAUCUUAGCAAGGUAAAGAGUUACAAGUUUAUUGACUAAAGUAAGAAUUCAAAGUGAAUUUCAAAUGUAAUGUCAAAAUAGCCCAACCUUAAACAAUCUCUAAUUUAGCUAUGCUUUCAGUUUGGCUAUUUUGGCCUUAAAUUAGAUACACAAGUUCUCGCUUUAAUGAAAAUCCCUGUUAAUGUGCAUAUGUGUUUAUCAAUGUGCCAGGAGUGUCACUUUAAUAAUGAACUCAUUUAAGAAACACUCUACCCAGAUUUUUCUUUUCCAGAUUGUGACUGUACUGUAAAUAUGAAUUUGUGGUCUUCAUUUUAAAUAAACCAGCGAUGAUCAAAACGUGUGUACAAUUUGUUUUACUUAAAACUAUUUUAUAGGCUUUACAGCAGCAUUUUAUAUAUUGUACCUAUAUUCCACUGUGUACAUGUUGAGGUGCAGACUUCAAUGUUGUAUUGAAGUAGGAACUUUAGGUGUGAGCACCAAUGUCUGCCAUAGGUGUUUAAUUACUAAACUCUAAUGAAACCCUGAACAUCAUCCAUAUAGUGGAUUCAUAUGAAAAG